AUGACAACACAGGCGCCAACGUUUACGCAGCCGCUUCAGAGCGUUGUGGCACUUGAGGGUAGUGACGCAACGUUCGAAGCUCAAGUUAGUGGUAAUCCAGUUCCUGAGGUGAGCUGGUUUCGUGAUGGCCAGGUUCUUUCUGCUGCCGCUCUGCCCGGCGCUCAGAUCUCGUUCAGCGAAGGCCGCGCUGUUCUGAGGAUCCCCGCCGUGACAGCCGCACACAGCGGAAGAUUUUCUGUGAGAGCCACCAAUGGCGCUGGACAAGCCACUAGCACUGCUGAACUCCUGGUUACAGCGGAAACUGCACCACCGACCUUUAUUCAGAGACUACAAAGCAUGACUGUGAGACAAGGAAGCAAAGUGAGGCUGGACAUCCGUGUGACAGGAAUCCCUACACCUGUGGUGAAGUUUUAUAGAGAGGGAGCGGAGAUUCAAAGCUCAGCUGACUUUGAGAUUGUUCAAGAUGGGGAACUUUACAGUUUGUUGAUUGCAGAGGCUUUUCCUGAAGACUCUGGUGCAUACUCCGUUACCGCCUCUAACAGCAGUGGACGUGCCACUUCAAUCGCAGAACUCCUGGUUCGAGGUGAUGAAGUUGCAGUGCCUGCUAAGAAGACCAAGACAGUUGUUUCAACCGCUGAGAUUUCACAGACCAAGGUAGAAAAGAUAAUAGACGCUCAUUCUGAGCCAUCAGCCAUGAUAGAAAUGCAAAUGGAAGGAGGUGUUGAAAUUCAGCAUUUGGCUCACAAGACACCACCUCGUGUGCCUGGAAAACCAACCUCAAUGUCCCCACCACCAGCUUCAGCAGUUUCAAAGGUUGCAGCUGCUCGCCACCAGUCUCCUUCCCCCGUAAGACAUGUUAGGGCUCCAACCCACACACCUGUGAGGUCUGGUUCCCCAACUUCAAGAGUGUCUGUGUCCCCUAUUAGACCUGUCAAGUCUCCCUUAAUAACAGGCAAGUAUGUCACAGAGGCUGCAGAUGUUUUGCCUCCAUGGAAGCAAGAAGGCUACGUUUCAGAGUGUAGCUACACUACAAUGUCUGCUGGAUCCACAUAUGUCCAGUCCUCAUCCACACAUGCCCAGAAGGAACAGUGGGAAGGCUCUUUUGCCAUGCAGCAACAGAUCAGUGGAGCUAUUAUUAAAGAGGCUGUUGAGGCUGCAAUGAUCCCUUCUGAUACACAAGUGCAAGUGAUGCCACCAACAGUUGUAGCUGGCUUGAAGAACCUGACUGUAACUGAGGGAGAGUCUGUGACCCUGGAGUGCCAGAUCUCAGGUCACCCCACACCAGGCAUCAUGUGGUUCAGAGAGGACUACAGGAUUGAGAGUUCUAUUGACUUCCAGAUCACAUAUGAGCAAGGAUAUGCUCGAUUGGUGAUCCGUGAGGCUUUUGCUGAGGAUAGCGGACGUUUCACUUGUACUGCUACAAACGAGGCUGGAACUAUCAGCACCUCCUGCUACCUGCUUGUGCAAAUCUCUGAGGAAAUUGAGAGUCGUGAGGAUUUGACUGCUGUUUCUGAACAAAUUGACAUAUCUAUGCAAGAAAGACAGAUUGCAGCUGAAGUCAGACAAGAGACCAGGUCACAAAUCAGUGCUGUCUCUGAAUCUGUGGAGACUGGAGCUGCUGUGGCUCCAUUUUUUAUAAGAAAGCCCACCGUGCAGAAACUGGUGGAAGGGAGUAGUGUUGUGUUUGAGUGCCAGAUUGGAGGCAGUCCCAAACCUCACAUCUACUGGAAAAAGAGUGGAAUUCCACUCACUACUGGAUACAGAAAUAGAGUAGCUUACAAUAAAGAAACAGGUCACUGCAAAUUGGAGAUUUCCAUGACAUUUUCUGAAGAUGCUGGAGAAUAUAUAGUGUUUGCAAGAAACCAGCUUGGGGAAGCAUCAGCAUCAGCUAUGCUGCUUAAUGAAGAGGCAUAUGAAGCUUACAUAAAAGAACAUGAAGUUGCAUAUAAGACUGAAAUGACUACAGAGGUGAGAAUGGAGCCCAAAGUUGGAGACAUUCCACCUGUAUUUACGAAUGAACUUGAAAAGGAGCAAAUAAUCAUUCAGAAGAGAAUGGCUAAGAAAACACAAAUGAUGCAGUCCAUCACCUCUGAGCAGGAGUUCAAAAUAUCUUCUGUUGAACAGAGGUUCAUGUAUGAGAUUGAGUGUCAUUUGCUAAAGAUUACCUACCAAAAAUUGCUGGCUGAAGAUGGGGAGCAGAUGGACCUGACCAUAUCUGAGCAUGAGUGUGUAACACCAGUUUUUAGCACUCCAGUGAAAAAUUACAAGCUCAGGGAAGGAAUGAGUGCCACAUUGCACUUCAAAAUGACAGGAACUCCGCUGCCUAAGAUUACAUGGUAUAAAGAUGGCAAACGCAUAAGACAUGGAGACCAUUAUCAAAUGGAGGUUCUUAAAGAUGGUAGAGCCAGUCUGCGUAUUCCUGUGGUUGUACCAGAGGAUGAGGGAAUCUACAGUGCUCUGAUUAGCAACAUGAAGGGUAAUGCUGUCAGCUCUGGCAAGCUGCAUGUGGAAUUAGAAGAUGUGCACCCACGAUUCCAUCAACAAGAAACAGCUCAGAGGAUCAGAUCUACAUCGCCACACUCUACCAGUCGUUCUCCCGGACGUUCACCUGCUCGCAGACUAGAUGACACUGAUGAAGCCCACCUUGAAAGACUUUAUAAGCCUGUUUUUGUCACCAAGCCAUCUUCCUUUAAGUGCUCUGAGGGACAAACUGCAAGAUUUGACCUGAAGGUUGUAGGAAGACCCAUGCCUGAAACUUACUGGUUCCAUAAUGGACAACAAGUCAUAAAUGACUAUACCCACAAGAUUGUGGUGAAGGAAGAUGGAACCCAGUCAUUGAUUGUGGUUCCUGCUAUGCCUCAUGACUCUGGAGAAUGGACAGUUGUUGCUCAGAACAGAGCUGGAAAAACCUCUGUUUCUAUGACUCUUACUGUAGAAGCUAAGGAAAAUUUGGAGAGGCCCCUGUUUGUUGAGAAGCUGAAGAACAUUACUGUUAAAGAAGGAAGCUUGGUUGAAUUGGCUGUUAAAGCAAUUGGCUCUCCCCUCCCGGACAUUGUUUGGCUGAAAAACAGUGAUAUCAUCACCCCAAACAAGCAUCCACAUAUCAGAAUUGAGGGUGGCAAAGGGGGGGCUUCUUUCAAGAUUGCUCACAGUUCUGGCUCUGAUAGUGCCUGGUACACAGCUACAGCUAUUAACAAAGCUGGCCGAGAUACCACUCGCUGCAAAGUCAAUGUUGAAGUGGAGGCAGCGGGACCUCAACCAGAGAGAAAACUAAUUAUUCCGAAAGGAACUUAUAAAGCUAAGGAAAUUGCUGCACCUGAAUUGGAGCCACUUCAUCUCCGCUAUGGUCAGGAUCAAUGGGAGGAGGGUGACCUUUAUGACAAGGAGAAGCAGCAGAAGCCUCUGUUCAAAAAGAAACUAACAUCUGUCAGGCUAAAGCAGUUUGGUCCUGUACAUUUUGAAUGCAGACUUACCCCUAUUGGUGAUCCCACAAUGAUUGUUGAGUGGCUGCAUGAUGGAAAGCCCCUGGAAGCUGCUAACAGACUACGUAUGAUUAAUGAAUUUGGCUAUUGCAGUCUUGACUAUGAAGCUGCUUAUGCCAGAGACAGUGGUGUCAUCACAUGCAGAGCUACCAACAAAUUUGGUGUUGACCAGACCUCAGCUACCCUGAUUGUGAAAGAUGAGAAGAGCCUUGUUGAGGAAAGCCAGUUGCCUGAGGGUAGGAGAGGGCCAAGACUUGAUGAAUUAGAGCGUAUUGCUCAUGAGGGAGCUCCUUCUGGAGUUAGUGGUGAUGAAACAACAGAGAAAACCAAGCCUGAGAUUGUCUUGCUUCCAGAGCCCAUUAGAGUACUGGAAGGGGAAACUGCAAAAUUCCGUUGCAGAGUAACUGGAUACCCAAGCCCAAAAGUCAACUGGUACCUGAAUGGACAGCUUAUUCGUAAAAGCAAAAGAUUUAGGCUACAGUAUGAUGGCAUACACUACCUUGAGAUUGUGGACUGCAAAUCUUAUGAUUCAGGAGAUGUCAAAGUUGUGGCAGAAAACCCUGAAGGUGCUGUUGAGCAUGUUGUGAAGUUUGAGAUUCAACAGAGGGAGGACUUCCGAACAAUUCUGCGUCGGGCCCCAGAAAUUAAGCCUCCUACAACUGUUCAAGAGCAUGGCAGGGUGACCUUUGAGGUUAUUAAGCCUGAGAAGUCCUCAGAAACCUCCAAAGAGUCCAAAGAGGUAGUAAAACUGAAGAAAGCAGAGAGGGUAACCCAUGAGAAACUAACAGAGGAAUCUGAAGAGCUGAGAAGCAAAUUUAAGCGCAGAACUCAGGAAGGCUACUAUGAAGCAAUUACUGCGGUUGAGCUGAAGUCCCGUAAAAGAGAUGAGUCCUAUGAAGAUAUGCUCAGGAAGAGAAAAGAUGAACUCCUUCAUCAUACCAAAGAAUUAACUGAGGCCGAAAAGAAAAAGGAGGAGGAGGAGCAUAAACUCACCAUUCCCAAAAUUAAACCAGAUAAAAUAGUACUUUCACCCAGUAUGGAGGCUCCAAAAAUUCAUGAACGUAUUCAGAGUCAGACAGUUGCCCAAGGAGAUGAAGUACGCUUCCAUUGCAGAGUUGUUGGUAAACCAGAUCCAGAAUGUCAGUGGUUUAAGAAUGGAGUUUUACUAGAAAAAUCUGACAGAAUUUAUUGGUACUGGCCUGAGGACCAUGUCUGUGAACUGGUCAUUAGAGAUGUGUCCACUGAAGAUUCUGCUAGUAUCAUGGUCAAAGCUAUGAACAUUGCAGGCGAGACUUCAAGCCAUGCAUUCUUACUGAUUCAAGCGAAACAAGUUGUAUCCUUUACUCAAACGCUAGAAGAUCAAAGUGCCAAAGAAAAGGACACCAUGGUGACCUUUGAAUGUGAGACAAAUGAACCUUUUGUGAAGGUCAAAUGGCUGAAGAACAAUGUAGAGAUUUUCUCUGGAGAUAAGUACAGAAUGCACUCUGACAGGAAGGUGCAUUUUAUGUCUGUACUGAUCAUCAAUAUGAGUGAUGAAGCAGAAUAUAGCUGUGUACUUGCUGAUGAUGACCACAUUAGUACAACUGCAAGACUUUAUGUCGAAGGUGCACCACUUGAAAUGGUAAAGAACCUUGAGAAUACAGAAGUGCCAGAGUCAUUUACAGGGGAGUUUGAGUGUGAAGUUUCCCGUGAAGAUGCUCAAGGCACUUGGUACUUUGAGAACAAAGCGAUAAUUCCUAGCCUUAAAUAUGUUGUGUCCUCCCGUCGUGGUCGCCACAGCCUAUUUGUUAAAGAUGUGAAAAAAGAGGACCAAGGAAAAUACACUUUUGAAGUGGGUGACCUGAAGACAAGUGCUUCCCUAAAAAUGAAAUUGCGUCCAGUUACACUGAUGCAAGGCCUAUCUGACUUGACAAUAUGUGAGGGUGAUAUUGCCCAGCUUGAGGUACGAUUCUCUCAGGAAAAUGUUGAAGGAACAUGGAUGAAGGAUGGCCAGGCCAUCUCAGCCACAGAUAGAAUUCAUAUUGUAAUUGACAAAUUGAACUAUAAGCUUUUAAUUGAAGAUGCUAAUAAAGAUGACACUGGAGUGUACUCCUUCAAUGUACCCAACCAAGGCAUUUCCACAUCUGGAAAGCUUAUUGUUCAAGCCAUUGACUUUUUGGUACCAUUAAAGGACAUUUCUGCAGUAGAGGGUACAAAGUCUGUUUUUGAGGCCAAGAUCACUGCAGCUGAUGUGAGCUCAGUGAAAUGGUAUCAUGAUGACAAAUUGGUGAUACCCAAUGACAGAGUCCAAAUGGUCGCAAAAGGUUCUAAACAACGUCUAGUGUUGAACAGGACUUAUGCUUCAGAUGAAGGACAAUAUAAGCUGGUUGUUGGUCGUGUUGAUUCAACAUGCAACCUGGCAGUUCAAAAAAUCAACAUUGUAAAGCACAUGGAGGACUGUGUAUGUACAGAGACUCAGAAUGUCACAUUUGAGGUCGAAGUAUCUCAUUCCGGAAUUGACGCUCUCUGGACAUUUAAUGGUCAAACUCUGAAGGCUGGCCCCAAGUACAAAAUUGACAGCAAAGGUACCCACUAUAGCCUCACCAUCCUUAAUACCAUGAAGGACGAUGAAGGAGAGUACGUCUUUGCUGCUGGAGAGAAGACAUCUAGUGCAAAUCUUAUUGUUUCAGGUGGUGCUAUAAGCAGACCACUUUGUGAUUUGACAGUAGCAGAGUCCCAAACUGCUGUAUUAGAGUGUGAGGUUGCAAGUGAAUCCGCUGAAGGAAAGUGGCUUAAGAAUGGACAGUCUGUUAGCUUCGAUGACAAUGUCAGGAGUGAAGACAAUGGGACUUUAAGAAGCCUAGUUAUUGAUAUCACCAGACCACAGGAUAUUGGAGAGUAUACAUACCAGGUUGCAAACUCUACAACAUCUGCUAACCUAAGGGUUGAAGCUGUUAGGAUCAAAAAGACUAUGAAGAACCAAACUGUCAUUGAAACACAAGAUGCUGUGUUCAACCUUGAACUCACUCAUUUGGAUGUAAAAGGGGUCCAGUGGAUCAAGAAUGGUGUUGAAAUCAUUCCGAGUGAUAAAUAUGAAAUCACAGUAGAUGGCAUGGUUCACACCCUUAAGAUUAAAAAUUGCAACACCCAUGAUGAAUCUGUUUAUGGAUUCAAACUUGGAAAGCUCUCUGCUAAUUCAAGACUCAAUGUUGAGACUAUCAAGGUUGUGAAGAAGCCCAAGGAUGCAACUUCAUUGUUGGGCGGCACUGCUUCAUUUGAGCUGAGCCUAUCACACGAUGACAUUCCAGUUAAGUGGAUGUUCAAUAGCCAAGAACUCAAGCCAAGCUCUAAUAUUAAGCUACUCUCGGAAAGAAAAGCCCACAAACUUGUUAUUCAGAACGUGGAAGAGAGCAUGACCGGAGAGUACACUGCUCUUAUUGGACAUUUACAAUGCAGUGCACAUCUGCAUGUUGAAUCUUUGAGUGUCAUAAACCCCCUGAAGGACGUUGAGGUUCCAGAGACCCAGGUGGCCACAUUUGAAUGUGAAGUUUCACAUUUUAAUGUCCCCUCUAUCUGGCUGAAAGAUGGAAUUGAGAUUGAGACGAGCGAGAAGUUCGGAAUUGUAGUGCAGGGCAAGCUUCAUCAACUAAAAAUCAUGAACGCUAGCAUAGAUGAUGCAGCGGAAUACACAUUUGUCUGUGGAGAUGACGGUGUCUCUGCCAUCCUGACUGUUAACCCCAUAGAAAUCACAUCCAUGCUCGAGGACCUCAGUGCUCAGGAGAGGGACACCAUUACAUUUAAAGUGACUGUUAAUUAUGAAGGUAUCAGCCAUAAAUGGCUAAAGAAUGGAGUAAUGAUUAGAUCCAGUGACCGAUGCCAGAUUCGUUCCAAACAGUUCACACACUCUCUCACUAUCCAAAAUGUGCAUUUUGGGGAUAGUGCAGAGUACAAAUUUGUGGCAGGAUCUGCUGAGACAUCGGCAAAGCUGUUCGUUGAAUCUCGUGUCAUUGAGAUUACAAAACACAUCAAAGACAUCAAGGUCACCGAGAAGAAAAGGGCCACCUUUGAAUGUGAGCUCUCUGAGCCCAAUGUUCAAGUCACUUGGUUAAAAGAUGGACAGGAACUUGAAUUAUCUGACAGGUUUAAAGCUACCACAGACAAAUCCAUUCAGCGCUUGAUCAUCCAGAGCAUUCGCAUGUCUGAUGCUGGUGAAUACUCUGUGGUCGCCGGCUCAAGCAUCUCCAAGGCUCACCUCACAGUGGAGGGCAAGGAUGUUCAAAUCUCUGAGCCUGCUGAAAAAGAAAUAAGGGUGGUUGAGAAGCAAAGAGCCACUUUUGAGUUUGAAGUCAGUGAAGAAGAAAUCGAAGGUCGCUGGCUGAAAAAUGGAGUUCAGAUCCAAUUCUCUCAAGAAAAGCGUUACAACUAUGUGACUAUCAGAAAGGUGCACCGCUUGACAAUUGCUGAAACUUACCAGAGUGAUGCUGGGGAAUACACUUUUAUUGCUGGAAAGAACAGAAGCACAUUGACUCUGCAUGUCAACAGUCCUGAGCCUCCUCAGAUCAUCAGGCAUAUGGAGCCUUUGUCUGUUGAGGCUGGUAAACCUGCACGCUUCUCUGUGGAAGUGACUGGCAUCCCUGAGCCCCAGGUCUCCUGGUAUAAGGAAUCUCAAGUAUUAUCUUCUGGAUUCAAGUGUAAGUUCCAGAGAGAAGGAAAUGAACACACUCUGCUGCUCAUUGAAGUCUUCCCAGAGGAUGCAGCUCAGUACACAUGUGAAGCCAGAAAUGACUUUGGCCAAGCCACCAGCUCAGCUGUACUCAAUGUAGAAGUUUCUGAAGUGGUUUCUCCAGAUGUUGGAGUUCCAUCUGUGAAAAUGUCUUCUCUACAUGAUGUAUCUGUUGAGUCUGCCAGAUUCCAUGUCUCUGCAGAGGAUCACAAUGUGGAAACCAUAAGUAGGCAAAGUGUGUCAAGCAGUGAAGUAUCUCAUCUGGAGGGGAUCACUUCUCACACCUUUACUGAGACUCAUUCUUCUUCUUCUACUACUGUUCAAACAUUUGAAAUGGUGUCCACUGUGCAAACAAGCUCAACCUCUGUGCAAAGCAUUAAAGUCCAACAACACAUGUCAUCAGGGGAAGAAUAUUCCAGCGAACCUGCUUUGACUUUAAAAAUGAAUGACCUCAUAGUCAGUCUGGGUGACAUGGCGCAGUUCAACUGUUCUUUCACUGGGGAGCCUCUUACUGAAAUUGUAUGGGAUCAUAAUGGAAGAACGCUCACGAAUACAGCGAGAGUACAAUGUAUGGAUCACCAAGGGGUCUUGUCUCUUGUCAUACUCAAUGUGCAACUCACAGACGAGGGAAGUUAUGGAUGCACUGUUAAAAAUGAAAACGGCGAGAAUCGAACAUCUGCAAGGCUCACAGUAGAAGCUAAAGAAGCAAACUUCAAAGCAGAAACCCCCAUCCCUUCUGACUCAGUCAGUAAAUCUUCUAAAAGUGAAAAUGAGCCCACUGCAAAGACAUCUGACAAAGAAAAACAGGAGUACAUCCAGACUAUUGGAUCGUUAGAUACCUUCUCCCUGAGACAUUACUAUCCUGAUGUGGUACCUUUGGUGGAUCCUGUUAUAUAUAAAUCGAUUCAGCCCGAGUUUCUUAUGAAACUACAGCCCGAAACCACUGCACAGCAGCAAGACAAGGUUUCUCUUUAUUACGUACUUCAAGGAAUCCCCUCUUCAUAUGUGACAUGGCUGCACAAUCAGUCGAUGGUUGAAGAGCCACGGUUGUACUCACUGAAGCAUGAUGGACCUUUGUGCUGCUUAAACGUAAUGAAUGUUGGUCCCAAGCAAGGAGAAACGUAUACAUGCAAAAUUAUCAGUGCUUCAGAAGACAGUGAGUGCAGCACCCAACUCAGGGUGAAGACAGUGCCAAGGGUUGAGGAACCUGUGUAUGUGGAAGAAGUCAAAGAUUUUUCUAGCACAGCUGUGUGUACUGAAGAGGACUCUUACACCACAAUCAAAACUUUUGAACUUGGGCCAGAAUAUAAACUCUAUUCAGAAGCAUUAGAGAAAAAAAUGGAAAAGCCAGUUUUUGUAACCAAACUCUCCCCAGCCAUUGUAACUGUAGGAAACACAGCUAAAUUUACCGCAGUUGUAGCAGGAUUUCCAAAACCCGUUGUUCAGUGGUGCCACAAUGGCCAAGUAAUAACCACCUCGUCUGUUUAUAGAUUCGUGCAAGAGAAUGAAGAAUACACUCUGGUUAUAAGCAAUGUUAAAAAGGAAUUAGAGGGCGAGUAUAUCUGCACUGCGAGCAACAAAUUUGGCAAAUCAACAUGCACAUCUUAUCUUCAUGUUAAAGUAAAAGAUGAUAAAAGAGUAGAGGAGACUUUCAGUCAACCUCCACAUUUUACAAAAGAAAUUGAGACUGUGCAUUGUCCAGUUGGAGGUCAGGCUGUUUUUGAAUACACAGUUACAGGUUCUCCAUUUCCUGAAAUUCAGUGGUUUAGAGGUAGCCAUCUCAUUCAACCUAGUAAAUACUGUAUUAUUGUUAGUAACGUAGAUGGAUCUGGCAGCAUAAAAAUAAUGGAAAUUCAGCAAAGUGAUAGUGGCUUCUACUCAUGUAGGGCAUCCAAUCCACUUGGAGAAGCAUUUUGCAAUGCAGAACUAAUUGUCUUUCUUGAUACGAUCUCAACAUCCCAAAAACAUGAACUAGUUGGCAAAGUGGAGCAGAAAACAUAUAAAAUGUCCAAGUCUAAACAUGCUACUGAGUCCAGUUCGUACAGUGUAAGCAUUUCUGAACAUGCCACAGCUAGUGUGCAGGAAGGACGCCAGAUUAUUUAUACCACUGAAGAUAGUCAGAUAAUAUCAAGUGAUCAAGUAGAUACUCAUUGUGAGGUAGACAUUACAUCUGCAACAGUACAGCGAGGGCAGGUAUCUCACAAAGUUUCAGUUCUGCGUUCUGAUGAAAUGCAAGAGAGAGUAACUGUUGCUUUAACAGAGCCACAACCAGCCAUGGCAAAACUGGAGAAACAGCUCCACAUGGCUACAGCGACAUCUGCUGUUCAAGAAAUCCAAGGUUUCACAGAAGAUCACUCUGAUCGUAUCAAAAGUCCUGAGGUUUUAGAGCUUGAGCUUACUGAGGAACAGCCCUCACGGCUGUUGUCUGCGAUUUCUCAAAGUGUAACUCCUCUUACUAUUGUAAAGGCUGACCCUAUAACUUGCGAAGAAGGAGAAAGCAUACAUGCUAUUACGGAGCAAAAACAUGCUCUCAAUAGUCAUCAGGUGGAGUCAAAGCUGGCCAUCUUGAAUGAAGAACACAAAGACAUACCUUGCCCUGAAGAAGAGAAAUCUUUCAAAGUUACAGAAGGGGUUAAGUUAUUGUAUUCUGCAAUAUCAUCAGAGGACCUGCAAAUUACAGAGGCUCAUUCUUCCGUAUUACCAUCCUUGGAAUUCACUGAACCUGUAGUCGGAAUGGAAAAAUCCAAACCAUUAUUUAUGUCUGUAAGUGAAGAAAAGCAUACACUUUUAAAAGAAAGCAGUUUAGAGAUGGAUAAACCAGCUGAGGAAGUUGCACAGUUAUCCAAAGACCAAAUGCUUAAAUCAGCCUUUAUUGCAGAGGAAACACAUACGCUUCAUGCUGACAAAACAGCAGAAAUCGCCGGUCUAGACAGUGCCGUUACAGUGCAUUCCCAGAAAGAAAAGGAUCAGCUGCUUAAUUUACAAAUAAUAUGUGAUCAAAAUGUUCUUCCAUCUCAGGAUAGAUUCACUAGUGAGAAACCAAGACCUGAGCAAGCCGAUGCCGGAAAAAGCUCAACUCUUUUACAAACGAUGUGUCUGGAUGACCAGACAGCUGUACAUUAUGAGCAUUUAUCAGAGUUUUCUUCUGAAAACACAACAGAACAUAUAAAACCACAAAAAGAGGCCCCAGCCAAUAUAUAUCUUCAGUCUGUGCAGUCAGAGACGGCUUUAUACAAAGAAGGGUUACUUUCAGUAGAAGAACCAGAGAAGCAGACAGCAUUGCAGAGACAAGAAAAAAUCCGUAAAUAUGCACUUCUUACUGAAGAGAAGUUAAACCUGACAGCAGAUUCCUCCAAAGAUAUUGAUCUUUCUGAAAAAGGGGAGAAACCUGAACAGAGAAAAGAACCAAAACCUUUAAAUAUUCUUCAUGUCGUCUCAGAAACUAUGCAGCUCCCAAAGGAAAGUCAUUUGGCUAGUUGUGAAAAAGAGCAUCAUGCACUUAUACAAAAGGAGGACCACUGGAAUAUUAUGCAUGCAAUGUCGGUGCUAGACAAAUAUGCAUUAGAGGAAGGUCACACAGAUAGUGUAAAGGCAAUAGAAAAAUUGACUUGUAAGGUAGGUUUAGAACCCACACCACCCAUACAGUCUGGUCAUAUUGAGGAACAGGCCAUAUCUAUUGAAAGCUGUUCCACCCUUAAAGCUGCUGAGCAGGAUUAUGCUGUUCAGAUUCAAGAAGGCCAAUCAGUGAAGCAGUCUAUAUUUAUAGAAGAGAAGCAAACUUUAACGGGGGAAAUAUCAAAGGACAUCAACAAAUCAAAAACAACAGCAAUAAACAUUCUUACUGAGUCUUCAGGACCUCUUCUAGUCACGGAGUCUCUGGAAAGCAAAACACUUCCCAAGGAGCUCACAUUUGUGAUUCCUGCACCAAAACCACAUAGCCUGGACAUUAAACAUCAAUUAAAAAAUGCGUUACAGUGUGCUGUGGCCUGCGAUCAGCCAUUAAUCCUGGCCGAUGUCAUAGGUAGUUUGAGAGCCGUAGACGUAAAGGAGGUUACGGUGCAUAAGGAACCACAGCACACAAUGUUCUCGUAUCUUAUUACAACUGCAUCUACUCCAAUGGAAAUAACAAUAGCUUUUGAGGGCGAAUAUCCUCAAAUGGCUGAUCUUAGGAGUGAACUUCAGUCUGCCUUAAACUCUUUAAUUUAUCAGGAACGUCAGGUCUUCACUUCUGAACAGCCUGAGCCAACAUUAGUCCUUAGUCCCCAGCAAGUUCAGUAUAGAACAUCUUCUUUAAAAGAGAUGAUGUCAACAGUGACAGAGUCUGUACAGUUAACUGAAAAUGUGGAACAGUUAGAACCAACAAAGACUCAAUGUGCUGCUUUGAAGACUGAGUCCAAAGAAUCUUUCCAGCAUAGAAUUGCCCAGGAACAAAUUAUAGUACAAGAAUCCAAACAGCAGAUGAUUCAGAUGGACAUCGAAGCAAAAUCUGAUAUCUUUAAAUCAAUUCAGUCUGAAAUGCACAAUAUUAAAUCUCUGGCAGUUCAAGAAGAGAGGGAUGUUGGUUUUGAAGAACUCACUGCUACCACGGCAGAGACAGCAUUUUCAAUAGAAAAGUCUACAGAAGUCGUUACUGAAAAAGAGAAAAGUGUAGAAUUAAUAAAAGAGAAUGUAACACUGAAAAGAACAACAGAACAAGGUUUGACCAAGAGUGUUGCUUUUGAAUUGCCAUUAAAAGAUAUUGCUGUUGUGGAGAAUUCUAUGGUUACAUUUACUGUGCAUAUCCAAAAUGUAAACCAAGUUAGCUGGUUUUUCAAUGGCAAUUUGAUCAAAUCUGGCAAAGAGUUCAAAAGUACCAAACACCAUGAUUCAUUUAGCUUAGUAAUCAACAAAGUUACAAAGGAAAAGCAUGAAGGAGAAUACACAUGUGAGGCUGUGAGUGAAGGUGGCAAGGCUUCAACAUCAUCAAGACUCACGAUCCAUUCAAGAGUGCCACCAGUAUUCAGGAAAAAAAUACAGGACCUCGAAAUCAAAGUUGGCAGUGCUGCGAAUUUCGAAUGCGAAAUAGAAGAUGCUCCAGAUGUGAUCUUCAAAUGGUUCAAGGCCAACACUGAACUCAGACAUAGUGAGAAGAUCAGGAUCAUCACGCUCCAAACCACAUCAUGUCUAGAGCUUCUGAACUCAACCAAGGCAGACUGUGGGGUGUACACCUGCCGUGCUUCCAACAAGCAUGGCACUGAUAGCUGCACUGCUAACCUGAGCAUUAUUGAACCUUUCUCACUACAAAUGCUGGACCUAGAAAAGGGACCAACUUCUGUGUUUCAGCGUGAGGUUAUUGGUACAGACCCAUUUGAAGUUAACUGGUUUAAUAACAUUAAACCACUUCCUUUGGACAAAAGACAUGCACUAGUUUUUCAAGAUUCAGUUGCACAGAUGAAGUUACGUUCUUUUGAAAAAUCUGAUGUUGAGGAAUACCAAUAUUGCUUAGCAAAUACAACAGGAAAGAUGUCUUCAGAAUCAGUUACUGGGUCGAGAGAACCUCCAUGCUUCCUGAAAAGGUUGAGUGACAUUGUCUUCCCAAUUACCAGUAGACUAAGGCUUGAAUGCACUUUCACUGGAGCUCCAAAGUUGUUUGUAACAUGGUACAAAGAUGGAAAGCAGCUGUAUGCCUCAUACAGAUAUAACACAAGAGUGACAGAAAGUUCAUGUGCCCUGGAGUGCCUUCAUGAGUGUAACAGUGAAACGCCAGGAAAGUACUCUUGUGAAGUCUCAAAUUCCUAUGGAACAGACAUUUGUCAUGCCAAUGUGACAACAAUGACAGAACCGAAAAUUCCGCCUACCUUCACUAAAAAGCCUUCAGAGCAUUGUGAGGAAACUGAGGGUAAGCUGGUGAAACUUGAGGGCCAUGUGUCUGGAUCACAGCCAGUGUCCAUCAGCUGGUACAAAGACAACGAGGAAAUCUUCAGUUCUGACAACUGUGAAAUGUCCUUUGAGGGCAACGUUGCUGUGCUAUGCAUCAAACAAUCCCAAACAUCAGAUAGUGGCACAUAUACUUGCAGUGCCUCUAAUGAAGCUGGUACUGUGUCCUACAAUGUGGUGAUAAACAUUGCCGGAAAACAAAUACCACCAGCCUUUGAUCUGCCCCUUAAGCCUAUUACAGUAAAUGAGGGUGAGCUACUUAGCCUUAGCUGCCAUGUUUGUGGCUCUUCUCCCCUGUCAAUCCAAUGGAUGAAGGACAGAAGACAAGUGAUUUCCUCUGCCAACUCCAAUAUCACAUUUGUGGAUGGCACUGCCACACUGACAAUUUCCAAGGCUUCCAGAACUGAUUCUGGAGACUACUUAUGCAAGGCAACCAACAAUGCUGGUAGUGAUUUCUCUAAGGCCAAGGUCACAGUUAAAGCAGGAGCAGCGCCUGCCGCAGCCCAAAUAGCACCUUCAGCAACUCAGUCUGCUCAGAAACUUGACAACUUGUUCUUUAUUGAUGAACCUAAGAGCAUCCGCAUAGCAGAGAAGGGCACUGCAACCUUCAUUGCCAAGGUUGGCGGUGAUCCUAUUCCUAAUGUCAAAUGGAUGAAGGGCAAAUGGAGGCAGAUGAAUCAUGGUGGUCGUGUUGCCAUUAUGCAGACAGGACAAGAUGCCAAGCUGGAAAUCAGAGAUGUCACCAAGUCUGAUGCUGGCCAGUAUAGAUGUGUGGCAUCAAACAAACAUGGAGAAAUUGAAUCCAGCACAGAUCUGACUGUUGAUCAAAAGCAAGAAAUUGCACUUGAAACAGUGAAACUCAAGAAGACACCUUCCAAACAGAAAAGUCCUAAGGAGGACAAAGACAUUGACAUAGUUGAGCUGCUAAGAAAUGUCGACCCGAAAGAGUAUGAGAAGUAUGCUCGCCUGUACGGUAUCACAGAUUAUCGGGGUCUUCUUCAAGCCAUUGAGCAGCUGAAGCAAGAAAAGUGUGAAGGAAAUGGAAGACCGGAAUAUGAAUGUAGCAGAGAAUCUGAUGAAGAUUUGUCCAGGCUUGUGGCUGAUUUGCAGAGAAGAAUGGAACAAACUGAACCCAUUACCCUGCUUAAUGACAUCAAAAGUGUAACUGCCAAAGUUAACACAGAAGCUGUGUUUGAGUGUGAAAUUAAGAUCAACUACCCAGAAAUCAUACUGUCUUGGUACAAAGAUUCAAAGAAGCUUGAGAACAGCAGCAAAUAUGACAUUAAAGUAGUGGGUAAUCGCUACUUGUUGAAGAUCAAGAAUGUCCAGACAAGUGACCAGGGAAAUUACCGUGUGGUCUGUGGCCCACACAUCUCCAGUGCCACACUGUCAGUUACUGCUGAUCAAAUACAGUUCACUAAGCGCAUUCAAAACAUUUUGGUGAAGGAACGCCAGACUGCAACUUUUGAGUGCGAGUUGUCAUUUGACAAUGCAGUCGUCACAUGGUAUAAAGACUCUUGGGAGCUUAAAGAGAGUCCAAAAUAUGCCUUCAAUUGUGAGGGACGACGUCAUUUUAUGAUCAUCCAUAAUGUAACAUCUGAGGAUGAAGGCGUAUACUCAGUGAUCGCACGACUGGAACCCAUCGGUGAAGCUAAAAGUACAGCUGAGCUGUACCUGUCAGGGAAAGAAAUUGAUCUAGGAACAAUUUCAUAUGAUGUCCCAGAUACGUCGAUACAAGUGCCCGAGAUGUCAUCUAUGAUUAGUUUUAAAGAUGAGUCCACAGAAUAUUAUCAUUAUGAAGAAAAGACUGAAGUAACAGAAAAUGUAAGUUGGACAGUGCAAGAAGAAGGAGUAAUUUAUGAAGUCACACCAGCUCAAGAACGGGAGAAGCCCAUUGAAGAGAUUGUACCCAAAAUGGUUGCACAAACAAUGGAAGAAAAACCUCAAAAAGAACCUGAGGUCAUGCCUGUAGAGGAAACAGUCUCAGUAACGAUUGUGCCUGAGUCAAAACAACAACCUACACCUAAAGAUGUCCUAAAACCUAUGGUUCCCGAGGUACCUAAGCCUGGACCUCAGCUACCAACUGAGGCUAAAGUGGCACCAGUAGUUGUACUGAAGCCUGAACCUAAGCCUGAACCAAAAUCUGCACUGAAGACUGAGCUAAAGCCUGAACCUAAGCCUGAAACAAAACCUGCACUGAAGACAGAGCUAAAACCUGAACCUAAGCCUGAACCAAAACCUGCACUGAAGACAGAGCUAAAACCCAAAACAGAAUCUCAGAUUUCAGUUACAAAGAAACCUGAGCUCACAUCAAUACAAGAACUAGCUACCCCUGUGACGCCAGAAGCAUUACCCCAACCAGAAGUAACUACAAAACAUGAAGAGGUUUUACCUCAAAAAACAGCCAUUACACCAUUAAAAGCUUGUGAGAUGGAGAAGACAACAGAAACACCAACAAUAGCACCAGAGAAAAAAUCAGACCAUGUGCCAUCAGUUGUCCAUGAACCAUUGAAGGUAACAAAGCCUAAAGAGGAAUCGUCUGCAGCACUGAAGACUAAGCCAAGUAAAGAACAAGAAACUGCAGUUGUCUUAACUAGAAAACCUGAGACUUCACCAGUUGUACUUGAAGUGCAAAAGGCUGAUGUGUUUAAAAUACCAGAACCUGCCUCUAUAGAGCUGGUAGAAGUCCAACUGGCUAAAAAGCCAGAGCCUAUACCUGUGUCUUCAGCCAGUAGAAAACCAGAGGCACUUACAAAGUUUGAGUUAACUUCAAUCCCUACAAUAGAGCCAGUUGAUAAAGAAGGACCAAAUGUUGUUCUCGCACAAGCUCCAAAAGUAGAGCCAGAGGCAAACCAAUGGUUCCCAGAGGUACCUCUGGCAAAACCUGAAGUCAUCCAGGAAAAAGAACAGACACCUGCUCCUAAAAAGAAGUCUCCCCCAAAGAGAGUGGUUGAACUUAAAUACACAGAAGUUCCAACUGAGGAAGCACUUGUACCUCGACCUCAAAAGGAGGCUCCUUCCAGAGCUUCCAAAGAAGUCGAACAAUCUCAAUAUACAGCAAUGGAAAGAUUAGAGGAAAUUUCUGUAACUCAGGAACUGAUUUCAAGACAAGAACUAUCAUGCGAAAGUGUUUUGUCAUAUCAGCCUGUGGAGACUUCAUUGAAAUUGGUUCAAAUUAAGCAAGAAAUUAAAGUGCCAAGUGAGAGUGAGCUAGUGAGGAAACCCGAAAUUGAAAUGAAGGUUGCAACUUCCAAAGCUCCAGAAGGAGUUGAAUGUGAAGUGGAAUUAUCUAAGAAAAUCUUUUAUGAAACCAAGAGCAAAUCUUAUAAGUCUGAAGACAGUUUAUUGACACAAUCUGAAGUUAAAACUCAAGAAAGACUUACUGAAGAAAAACCUGCUGCUAAACCUCAAGAAAAGAUGGAACUGGCCAUGGCCAGAGAGAUACCAUAUUGCAGAUUAGUAAAGAGAACUGACUUUACAGUGGACAUAUAUAAGAAAACUGAAAAGAUCUCCUUGUUGGAGGCGAGGAUUUCAAAAGAAUCCUCAUAUAAAAGUCCUGAAAAGACUUUUUUAAAAGUAGCUAAAAUUAACUUUGAAAAAAUGACAACUGAAGAAAUGCCAGAGAUUAAAACUAGACAUGUUCAAUCUCAUUUUUUCUUUAAAAUCUAAACAGCUCUAAAGAGAGUUGAACAAACCUUAUACCCAGUGGACAGUUCUGUGAAAAAAAUGGAGAAGACUACCGAAGUGGAGCAAGUCAAGUCAGAAGAAGAGCUUUCAAUUAAAAGUCCUGACAUUCCAUGUCAAUCUGAAGAGACUCAUGAAGUUUAUGUGGAAAAUGAAAAAGCUCAUUAUGAACAAGUUUUUAAACCAAAACAUUUGUUGAGUUUGCCAUCUACAGAAACAGAAACAAAGAAAGAGAGCCCUGAAAUUAAGUCUAAACCAAUUAUACAAGUGACACAUUUGGAAACCGAGAAGAGCCCAGAGACAUGUGCUGUUGUGCAAGAAGUUCCAAAGCUUCCACACUUGGUGCUCAGGAGUGAUGAGUCACAAACUAAGCCAAAGUUUGUUGAUAAAGUGCUGCCAAAAGAAGCUAUAAAAGUGCUACCCAAAGAAAGUGAUAUACAAUUGAAAAAAGAGCCUAAAAUGCCUGCAAGAGUCCAAAUAGAUGAGGAGAAGCCAACACCAGAGGCACCAAAGUCAACAGUGACACCACAAAAAGUUUCUUCCCCUCAAGAACCAACAUUGGAGAAGAAAACCACACCUGAGGUACCAAAGACAUCAGUGAUGUCAAUUGAGAAAAAAGUCUCACCACUUCAAGAGCCAACUGCUGAGAAGAAAUCAACACCUGAGGCACCAAAGCCAACAGUGGUGGCAGUUGAGAAAAAGGUCUCUUCACCUCAAGAGCCAACUGAGGAGAAAAAGGCAACACUUGAUGCACCAAAGCCAAUGAUGGUGGCAGUUGAGAAAAAACUCGCUCCACCUCAAGUGCCAAUUUUGGAGAAGAAGGCCAUGCCUGAGGCAACAACGCCAACAGUGGUGCCAGUUGGCAAAAAAGCCUCUCCACCUCAAGAGCUGACUGUUGAGAAGGAGCCCAUAACUGAGGCACCAAAGCCAACAGUAGCACCACUUGAACACAAAGUUGCACCUCUUCAAGAGCCUAUUGUUGAGAAGAAAACAACACCUGAGGCACCAAAGCCAGCAGAAAGUAUUUCUCAAGAGCCAACAAUGGUGAAGACAACAACACCAGAGUCACCAAAGCCAACAGUUGUGCCACUUGCACAAAAAGUAUCUCCUUCUCUAGAGAAAAUGGCAUCACCUGAGGUACUGGUGCCAACAGAGACAGCAGUAGAAAAAACAGCCUCUCCUCCUCAAGAUGAUGGUCCUGUUCAAACUCCUGGCCCUGUCCAGAAAGAUGGGAAACCCAAGGAAGAUACACCAAUAGGCAGAGGAAGAGGGCUUAGACCACGCCAGACUCCAUCUCCUGGUGAUGCAGGACGUGGAAGAGGGCUCAGACCUGGUGGUGGUGGUGGUGAUAAACCUCCAGGAGAGUCACCAUUUGCUUUCCAGCUUAAAGCUGUCCCUCUUAAGUUUGUGAAAGAGGUUAAAGAUGUUGUGUUGCUGGAGGCCGAGUCUAUUGGUUCCUCUGCUGUGUUUGAGUGCCAGAUUUCUCCUUCUACUGCUAUCACAUCAUGGAUGAAGGAUGGAAGUAACAUAAGGGAGGGUCCAAAGUACAAGUUCACUUCUGAUGGAAAAGACAGAAAAUUGGCCAUUAUUGAUGUUCAGCUUUCUGACAGAGGGGAAUAUACAUGCGUUGCCAAGCUGGGAAAUAAAGAGAAGACCUCCAUGGCCAGACUUAUUGUUGAAGAGCUGCCUGUUAAAUUCAUCAAGACUCUGGAGGAGGAAGUGUCUGUGCUCAAGGGACAGCCCAUGUACUUGACCUGUGAGUUAAACAAAGAGAGAGAAGUGGUCUGGAAAAAGGAUGGCACUGAGCUCAAAGCAGUUACUGGCAAGAUUGCCAUUAACAUUAUAGGAUUGUCACAUGCUGUGACAAUCCAGAAUGCAACUGAAGCUGAUGCUGGGAUUUACACAUGCGAAUGUGAAAAUCUGAAAACUCAAACAACUGUGAAGGUUCUUGAAAUCAUCAGAGACUGGUUGGUAAAACCACUGAGGGACCAGCAUGUGAAACCAAAGGCCACUGCUACCUUCAAGUGCGAACUCUUCAAAGACACCCCCAACUGGAAGUGGUUCAAGGGAAAUGAAGAGAUUCCACUUGAGCCCACAGACAAGACUGAAGUUAAGAAGGAUGGAAAAGAUAUCAUUCUGACUAUAAAGAAUGCUCAACCAAGUGAUGUUGAUGAGUAUGCCAUGGAAGUUGAGGGCAAACGAUACACAGCAAAGCUUACACUUGGAGAGCGUGAAGCUGAGGUCUUGAAACCCCUUGCAAGUGUGGAAGUGGUUGAAAAAGAGGAGGCCAAAUUUGAUACUGAAAUCUCAGAGGAGGAUGUGCCUGGAGAAUGGAAACUUAAAGGGCAGGUUCUCACGAGAUCUCCGACAUGUGAAAUCAAAGCUGAGGGCACAAAGCGCUUCCUUACAUUAAAAAAUGUUCAGCUUGAUCAGUCUGGUGAAGUUACAUACCAAGCACUGAAUGCUAAUACAAGUGCUAUGCUCACAGUGAAAGAAAUGGAAUUGGAAUUCACUACACCAUUGAAAGAUGUUUCUGUGCCUGAAAAGAAACAGGCCAAAUUUGAGUGUGCUAUCAAUAAAGAUGUGGCUAAAGUCAUGUGGUUUAAGGGUUCUGAUAUUAUUACACCCGGAAAUAAUUAUGAAAUCAUUGAUGAUGGAAAAAAACACAUUUUGAUAAUCAAUAAGUGUGAAUUUGAUGAUGAGGGAGAAUACACCAUUAUGGUGUUAGACAAAACAUCAACAGCAAAACUAACGGUAGAGGGUCUGAGGCUGAAGUUCAUCUCAGAAUUAAAGGAUCAAACCGUAAAGGAAAAUGAAACGGCUCGGUUUGACAUAGAGCUCUCUCAUGAGAAUGUCCCAGUGACUUGGUACAAAAAUGAAAUUAGAUUGCAUCCAAGCCGAACAGUAAUAAUACAUGUUGAAGAGAGAAAGCAUAUGUUAGAAAUCAAGGAAGUCACACUAGAUGAUACUUGUCAAAUAAGGGCAGAGGCUAAAGGAAUAUCAACCAAGGCUAAGCUUCUGGUUAUAGAGGGUGAUGCUGUAUUUAUUACCAAGUUGCAAGACUACACUGCUGUUGAGAAAGAUGGGAUCAAUCUUGACUGCGAGCUAAGCAAAGAUGUUCCUGUCAAGUGGUUCCAUAAUGAGAUUGAAAUUAAGGCCUCAAAGAUGGUUGCCAUAAAGGUUGAGGGUAAGCGAAGAAUCCUCAACAUUAAGAAAGUGGAACAGAAAGACAAAGGAGUAUAUUCCUGUGACUGUGGCACAGACAAAACAUCAGGAAAUCUUACCAUCGAAGCCCGUGAUGUGAAGGUGGUUCGGCCCAUGUAUGGAGUUGAAGUGUUCGAUGGUGAGACUGCCCGUUUUGAAGUUGAAAUCUCAGAGGAUGAUGUCCAUGGCCAAUGGAAACUGAAGGAGGAGGUCCUCACUUCGUCAGCUGAUGUCGAGAUCAUCGAGGAAGGUGCAAAACACAGACUGACACUGUAUAACUGCAAAGUUGCCCAGACAGGAGAGGUGGUCUUCCAGGGAGGAAAUUCUAAAUGUGCUGCGAAUCUUAAAGUAAAAGAGCUGCCCAUCUCAUUCCUGACGCCUUUAAGUGACGUACAAGUAUAUGAGAAAGAUGAGGCGAGAUUUGAAUGUGAACUGUCAAGGGUAGCAAAGACUUACCGAUGGCUGAAGGGCUCUCAAGAGCUGAAGGCAGAUGACAAAUUUGACAUUCUGUCAGAGGAAAAAAGGUACACACUUGUUCUCAAAUCGGCCGCCUUUGAAGAUGAGGCCAAAUACAUGUUUGAAGCUGAGGAUAAGAGAAGCUCUGCCAAACUGGUCAUCCAAGGCAUUCGUCUUGAGUUUGUCAAACCAAUCAAGGAUGUUACCGUAAAGGAGCGUGAGACAGCAGAAUUCAGUAUUGAACUCUCCCAUGAAAAAAUUCAAGUAAGCUGGUACAAAAAUGAUGCCCGUCUGCACCCGAGCAAAGUGGUGCACAUGUCUGAACAUGGCAAGAUCCACACUCUGUCCUUCAAGGAGGUGUCCAUCGAUGAUACAUCACUAAUUAAAGUAGAGGCUCUUGGAAAGACCUCAGAGGCCAUGCUUACAGUGCUUGAGGGAGAUGCUUAUUUCACAUCCAAGCUCCAGGACUACACAGCAGUUGAGAAGGAUGAGGUUGUGCUGAAGUGUGAACUGAGUAAACCCACUGCUGAGGUUAAAUGGUUCAAAGAUGGCACAGAGAUUAUCCCAUCUAAAAACAUCCUUAUCAAAUCUGAGGGAAAGAAACGCAUUUUGACUUUGAGGAAAGCAGAGAAGGCCAAUAUUGGUGAAUAUGUUUGUGACUGUGGCUCUGACAAAACUACAGCUAAGCUGAACAUUGAAGAGCGCGACAUUAAGAUUAUCCGUCCAUUGUACAGCAUGGAGGUCACGGAGACCAACUCUGCUCGAUUUGAGGUUGAGAUUUCCGAGGAGGAUGUGCAUGGGCACUGGAAACUAAAAGGAGAAGCUUUGCACCAGUCUGCUGACUGUGAAAUUAAAGAAGAAGGCACCAAACACAUAAUGAUUCUAUAUAACGUGCAUAUGGACAUGGCUGGAGCUGUGGACUUUAGUGCUGCCAAUGCUAAAUCUAGUGCUCAGCUCAGAGUUAAAGCUCGGAAAAUUAGCCUUUUGCGGCCUCUUCGGGAUAUCGCAGUCACUGCUGGAGAAACAGCAACGUUCGAGUGUGAACUUUCAUAUGAGGGCAUUGCUGUUGAAUGGUUUGUUGGAACAACGAAAGUGGAGCCAAGUGAUAUAGUGGUCACCAGAUCAGAGGGCAGACUGCACAGCUUGACUCUGAGAAAAGUUGAGAUGGCACAUGGUGGAUUUGUGAAGAUGGUAGCAAAGGACUUUCAGGCCCAGGCCAAGCUUACAGUAAAUGAGCCACCUGUUGAGUUUAGCAGGCCCUUGGAGGACCUGACUGUUGAAGAGGAGACAACUGCUAUUCUCGAGUGUGAACUCAGCAGAGAUAAAGCUGAUGUGACCUGGUUCAAAGAUGGACAGGAAAUUCACAAAACAAAGAAGUAUGAAAUGGUAGCUGAAGGUCGCAUAAGAAGGCUGCUAAUCAAAGACUGUACUCUUGAUGACUCCAAAACAUACACAUGUGAUGCCAAACACUUCAAGACAACUGCUUUCUUAAGUGUUGAGCCUCCACAUAUUGAGUUCACUAAGCCUCUUCAUGAUGUUGAGGUCAGGGAGAAGGAGACUGCCAAGUUUGAAUGUGAAGUUUCCCGUGAAAGUGCCAAGGUCCGCUGGUACAAAGACGGGAUUGAAAUUAGAAAGGGCAAGAAGUAUGAGAUUAUUUCCAAGGGAGUGCAGCGUGUUCUCAUCAUUAGCAAGGCAGCCUUUGAUGAUGAAGCUGAAUAUGAGUGCGAUGCAAGAACCUUCAAAUCCUCCGGCAUGCUCACUGUUGUUGAGGAAGAGGCUAGAUUUACAAAGAACUUGGCUAAUGUUGAAGGCACCGAAACUGCAAGUAUCAAACUAAUCUGUGAGGUCUCCAAGUCCAAUGCAGAGGUAACAUGGUAUAAGGGUGACCAGGAAUUGCCUGAGGGUGGAAGAUACGAACACAUUGCAGAUGGCAGAAAGAGAAUCCUUAUUAUCCGAGACCUUCGUAUGGAUGAUGCUGGAGAAUACAGCUGCAGAUUAUCUAAUUCACAGUCUACAGCAACACUAAAGAUCAAUGAAUUGGCAGCUGAGUUUCUAGGAAAGCCCCAGAGCCAGGAGGUGGUAGAGGGUGAAAAGGCACAAUUUGUUUGCUCAGUAUCCAAAGAAACCUAUGAAGUUAAAUGGUUUAAAGGUGACCAGGAACUUCAAGCUGGGGAAAAGUAUGAUAUUGUUAGUAAAGGUACAAGAAGUACUCUCAUUGUUCAAAACUGCGAGCUGAAGGACGAAGGUGCAUUUACUGCCUGCAUUGGCUCUGUAAAGGCUUCUGCAGACCUACGUGUGCUUGAAAAACUAAGGAUCAUCACUCCUAUCAAAGACACUCAGAUGAAGGAAGGACAAGAAAUUGUUCUUAACUGCGAGGUUAACUCAGAGAAAGCUAAGGCCAAGUGGCUAAAGGAGACUGAGACUAUGUUUGAAAGCAGCAAGUUCGUCAUGGUACAAAGAGACACUAUUUUCUCUCUGAGGAUCAAAGCUGCAGAUAAAUCUGAUGAGGCUACAUACACCAUUAUACUGACCAACCAGCGUGGUGAACAAGCCAAAUGCUCUGGGAAAGUCAGUGUAAUAGAGGAAGAGCUCUGUAUCACAGAUCCUCUUGAGGACUGUGAAACUGAGGAGAAGAAAACAAUCAGCUUUACUUGCAAAGUGAACAGACCAAAUGUGACUUUACAUUGGCUAAAGGGAGGACAGGAAAUCACCCUUAGCAAACGCAUUGUUUACCGGGUGGACAAAAACAAGCACACGCUGACCAUCAAGGAUUGCACCAUGGAUGACGAGGGUGAAUACACUGCAGUUGCUGGCACUGACAAGUCUUCAGCUGAACUCAUCAUCAGUGAGGCACCAACUGAUUUCACCACUCAACUUAGAGACCAGACGGUUACUGAAUUUGAAGAUGCAGAGUUUGUUUGCGAGGUUUCUAAGGAGAGGGCCACUGCUAAAUGGUACAAAAAUGGUCGCGAAAUCAGAGAAGGACCAAGAUAUCACAUGGAAAAGGAUGGAAAGACAUGCACAUUGUACAUUAAGGAAUGCAGACCUGAUGAUGAAUGUGAAUAUGCCUGUGGAGUAGAUGACAAAAGAUCCAGGGCUCGUCUCUUUGUUGAAGAGAUCCCAGUAGAAAUUGUCAGACCCCCAAAAGAUAUAUCUGAGGCCCCAGGUUUAGACGUUGUAUUUGAAGUUGAGCUUAACAAAGACAGAGUUGAUGUUAAAUGGAUGAGGAACAACAUGAUCAUCGUCCAAGGGGACAAAUACCAGAUGAUCAGUGAGGGCAAAGUUCACCGACUUCAAGUGUGUGAGAUCAGGCCACGUGAUCAGGGCGAGUACAGAGUUGUCGCCAAGGAUAAAGAUGCAAGAGCCAAGCUUGACCUUGCAGCUGUACCAAAAAUCAAAACCACAGACCAGAAUCUUGUAACAGAUGCUGGAAAGCCCUUCAUGAUAACAGUUCCCUAUGAUGCUUACCCUCGUGCAGAGGCUAAUUGGUUCUUCAAUGACAUUGGUCUUCCAAUGCAAAACACAGACACAUCUGUGGACAAGACAGAAUACAGGUUAAAGGACCCUAAGAGGUCAGACCAGGGACGUUAUAAAAUUGUCAUCAAAAAUAAGCAUGGACAGGGAGAGGCUUUCAUCAAUCUGGAUGUGAUUGAUGUUCCCGGGCCGGUGAAGAAUUUGAGAGUUGUUGAUACCGCUGAUGGUGAGGUCAGCUUGGCCUGGGAUGAGCCUGAAAGUGAUGGUGGAAGCAAGAUUUUGGCCUAUGUGGUUGAGCGACGUGAUGUUAAGCGCAAGGCUUGGACCCUGGCCACCGACCGAGCUGAUAUUCCAGAGUACUGUGUUGGUGGAUUACAAAAAGACAACUUGUACUUCUUCCGUGUUUGUGCUCGCAACAGAGUUGGCAAUGGAGAGCCUGUCUGUACAAAUGAAGCAGUCCAAGCCAAAAAUAAAUUUGAUGUUCCUGACGCACCUCAGAAUGUCAUGGUAGGAAUCGUUAACAGGUUUGGUGCCACAGUGACUUGGAAACCACCUCUGUUUGAUGGUGGAUCUGAGAUCACUUCUUAUGUAAUUGAACUACGUGAUAGGACAUCUGUAAAAUGGGAGCCUGUGCUUGUGGUCCGGGCUGAGGACCGCACAGCCACACUAAAUGAUGUUGUUGAGAAUAAGGAGUAUAUCUUCCGUGUGAGAGCUGAGAAUAGAGCCGGAGUUGGCAUGCCAAGUGCUGCCACUGAUCCUGUCAAGAUCAUGGAUCCCAUUGAGAGACCAAGCCCACCACUGAAUUUCAACUAUACAUAUCCAAAAAAAGAUUCUGUUCAGCUGGCAUGGGACAUUCCACUUAACAACGGAGGUAGUAUGAUCACAGGGUAUAUCAUUGAAAAAUGUGAAGAUGGCACAAGCAACUGGCUAAGGUGCAAUGCCAGGCUCUGCCCAGACCUUUAUUAUAGGGUGUCUGGCUUGAAGUUUGGUCAGAAGUAUCACUACAGAGUAUCUGCAGAAAAUGCAGCUGGAGUUUCUGAUCCAGCUGAACAGAUUGGACCACUCUUGGCAGAUGACCCACACGUUGGUCCCACAAUGGAUCUAAGUGGAUUCAAAAAAGGUCUUGAAGUUUUUGUCCCCAAUGCUCUUACUAUUCGUGUGCCUAUCGCUGGAUACCCCACACCCAAGGCAAAGUGGACUUUUGGUGAUAACGAACUUAUCCCUGGAGAUCGCAUCUCUAUGGCUACAAAGCCUACUUACACUGAGCUAGUCAUUACCCCAAGUGUCCGACCAGACAAGGGAACGUACAUCUUGCACUUAGAGAAUGAUGUAACUUCAGUCUCUGGAGAGAUUGAUGUAAAUGUCAUCGCAUCUCCAAGUGCACCCAAAGACUUCAAGGUUGCUGAGGUGACCAGGCAUCAUGUUCAUCUUUCGUGGGAAGCACCAGAGCAUGAUGGAGGAAGUCCUAUUACUGGUUAUAACAUUGAGAAGAGAGAAGUGUCUCGGAAAACAUGGGUUAAGGUCAUAUCUGGUGUGCAGGACCUCGAGCACACUGUGACAGAUGUGAUUGAGGGCAAGGAGUACUUGUUCAGUGUAACAGCUUGUAACAAAUGUGGUCCUGGAGAACCAGCAUAUAUUGAUGAGCCAGUAAAUGUUUCAUCUCCAGCCACUGUGCCAGAACCACCAGACAAUCUGAAAUGGAGAGAUAAAUCUGCAAAGACUAUCUUUUUGUACUGGGAGCCCCCUUCAUAUGAUGGCGGUGCUCCUAUCAAGGGAUAUAUUGUUGAUAAAUGCCAGCGUGGCACUGACAAAUGGGAGGCCUGUGGUGAUCCAAUACCUGAACUGAAAUUUCAGGUGACAGGCCUUCUUGAAGGCCAGUGGUAUGCCUAUCGUGUGAGGGCAGUGAAUAGACUUGGAGCUAGCAGGCCAUGCAAGGCAACAGAUGAGAUCCUUGCUGUUGAUCCUAAAGAACCUCCAGUUAUUCAUCUGGAUGCCAAACUCCUGGCUGGCUUGACUGCCAAGGCUGGCACAAAGAUUGACCUUCCAGCAGAUGUGCUUGGAAAACCAGACCCCAGGGUGAAAUGGACCAAGGCUGACCUUAUCCUUAGACCAGAUGAUAGAAUCACCAUUGACACAAAGCCUGGCCACUCUGCACUCUCUAUUGCUAAGACAACAAGGGCCGACACAGCUACUUACAUCAUUGAGGCAGUCAACACCUGUGGUCGUGCAACUGCAACAGUUGAUGUCAACAUUCUUGAUAAACCUGGUAUCCCAGCUGCAUUUGAUAUUACUGACAUCACCAAUGAGUCCUGUUAUCUGGCUUGGAAUGCCCCUAGAGAUGAUGGUGGCUCUCCUGUAACCAAUUACAUUGUGGAAAUGAGACCUUUGGAUAAAGAGGAGUGGCAAAAGCUUUCUGCCACUGUCAAGCAGACUACUUUUAAGGCCUGCAAACUGGUGUCUAUGAAAGAGUAUGUUUUCAGGGUAUCUGCUGAGAACCAGUAUGGCAUUGGUACUCCCAUUGAGCAUCCUCCAAUUGUUGCCAAGUACUCGUUUGAGUCUCCUGGUUCACCAAGUAGGGUGCAGCCCUCAGAUAUCUCAAAGGAUGCCGUAACCUUGACCUGGUAUGAGCCUGAUGAAGAUGGUGGAAGUCCAGUCACUGGAUACUGGGUUGAGAGGUUUGAUCCAGAAAGUGACAAAUGGAUCAAAUGCAACAAGUUGCCAAUUAAAGAUACUACACUAAGAGUGAAAGGGUUGGCCACAAAGAAAAAGUACAAAUUCCGAGUGCUGGCUGAGAAUCUUGCAGGCGUUGGAAAACCAAGUGCUGAAACGGAUCCCAUCUUGAUCAAGGAUCCAAUUGAUCCUCCCUGGGCCCCUGGCAAACCAUAUAUCAAAGACAUCGCAAAGACAUCUGCAUUCUUGCAAUGGACUAGACCAGAGCAUGAUGGUGGAGCUAAAAUUCAGUCUUAUAUCAUUGAGCUCCUUAAGAGUGGAACUGAAGAAUGGGUCCGUGUAGCUGAAGAUGUGCCCAUGACAGAGCACUUGCUGAAGGGACUAAUGGAAAAGCAGGAAUAUUCCUUCCGUGUCAAAGCUGUAAAUUCUGCUGGAGAAAGUGAGCCAAGUGAUCCUAGUGACCCUGUAGUGUGCAAAGAAAGACUCUAUCCUCCAUCCCCACCACGCUGGCUUGAGGUGGUUAACAUUUCAAAGAUUGACUGUGAACUGAAAUGGACUGAACCUGAAAAUGAUGGUGGUUCUCCUGUUACCAACUAUGUUGUUGAGAAAAGAGAUGUAAGGCGCUGGACCUGGCAAACUGUAGACACUACGGUUAAAGACACAAAAUACACUGUCACUCCACUUAAUGAGGGAACACUUUAUGUGUUCCGUGUGGCAGCUGAGAAUUCUGCAGGUGUGAGUGAAUUCAAUGAGCUUGAGGACUCAGUUCUAGCAAAAGAUACUUUCACGACUCCUGGACCUCCUUAUGCUUUGACUGUGGUUUCGGUAUCCAAGAGACAUGUUGACCUGAAAUGGGAGCCUCCCAAAAGUGAUGGUGGACGACCAAUCACAAAAUAUGUUAUUGAGAAGAAGGAAAAAGUGGGCACUCGCUGGAUAAAGUGUGGAAAGACUGCAGGGCCUGAAAUCAAGUACAAGGUGACUGAUGUUGAUGAGGGAACAGAGGUGCAAUUCCAGGUCCGUGCUGAAAACGAAGCUGGAGUUGGCGACCCAAGUGAACCAACAGACAUUAUUACAACUGAGGAUCCUAUAUGCCCACCAUCUCCCCCGAUUGAGGUUAAGAUCGUUGAUGCCAGCAGAGAGCACAUCAACAUUACAUGGAGGGCACCAGAGAAGAAUGGGGGAAGCCCCGUGACCGGUUAUCAUGUUGAGCUUGCUGAGGCUGACACAGAUAAGUGGAUGAGGAUCAAUGCUCGUCCCAUAAAAGAGCUCAGAUUCAAGGCGGAAGAUGGCAUAAUUCCUGAGAAACAAUAUGUUCUUAGAGUGCGUGCUAUCAAUGCUAUUGGUGUCAGUGAUCCCUCUGAUAUCUCAGACAAAGUCUUUGCUAAAGAUCCAGACAGUGCACCAAAAAUUGAGUUAGACACUCAAGAUGUUGUUAUUGUUGAGGGUGAGAAGAUGCAUCUAAAGAUCCCAUAUAGAGCAAUUCCCAAGCCAUCAUUGGUAUGGAAAAAAGAUGAGGCAGAACUCAAGGCAGAUGACAGGUUGACUAUGAGAUGUGAACUCAACAGUAUUCAUCUUGAGCUUCUGAAAUGCAAGCACGAAGAUGCUGGUGUCUACACAGUUACCCUAGAAAACAGCCUAGGUUCUGUUACUGGAACAAUUAAUGUUAAAGUAAUUGGUCUGCCUGGACAAUGCAAGAGCAUCUCUCCAAGUGAAGUCACCAAGAACUCCUGUAAAAUAACAUGGGAACCCCCAGAUAAUGAUGGUGGUAGCCCUAUUUUGCACUAUGUACUGGAGCGCAGAGAGGCACAGAAGAAGACAUUCAUGCCUGUAAUGUCUGGAGUAAAUAUACUAACCUUUGUGGUGAAAGACCUUAUGGUAAAUGGUGAAUAUUACUUCAGAGUUAAGGCUGUUAACAGAAUUGGUAGUGGUGAAUAUCUUGAGCUUCGCAACCCUGUCAUCACAGAGGAGCAGAAGCAGCGGCCUGACCCACCAGUUGAGGUUGAGGCACACAACCCUACCUCUCAGUCCGUUAAACUUACUUGGAAACCCCCACCCUAUGAUGGUGGCUGUCCGAUUACUGGCUAUAUUCUGGAGAAAAUUGAAAAGGAUGGUGAUAGAUAUGAGAGAUGUGUUCCAGACCUAGUGCCUGGCUUCUCCUAUACCAUCACCGGUUUGACAGAAGACAAGGAAUAUCAGUUCCGUGUUCGUGCAGAGAAUGUGGCUGGGGAAAGUGACCCUUCCCGCAGCACUCCCCCAAUUAAAGCUGCAGAUCCUGUUGAUCCACCGAAGGUAUCACUACAUGCACGUAUUGCAUCUGGCCUGACCAUCAAAAAGGGUGAGGAGAUUAGAUUGGAUGCGCACAUUUCUGGAUCACCAUAUCCUACUGUGUCAUGGUUCAGGAAUGAGGAGAAUGUCAAGAAGACUGAAAAAAAGAAGCCAGAAUUCGUUGUGAGAAGGAAAAAGAAAACAAAGGCUAUUUAUCCAGAACCAGAAGAGGUGUUCCAUCCUCCGCUUGUAGAUCGUCUAUCAUUUGACCAGAGCAAGAGAGGAGAGACUGCCAUGAUGGUGCGUGAUGCCAUCAGAGAUGAUCAUGGAAAUUUCACCAUCAGAGUUGAGAAUACCCACGGUUUUGCAACUGCAUCUUGUGUUGUCAAUGUUCUUGACAAGCCUGGACCACCUGUAAACUUUGGAUUUGAUGAGAUCAGGAAAGACUCUGUCAUUUGUACAUGGGGUGCACCACUUGAUGAUGGUGGCAGUGAAAUCAUCAAUUAUAUCCUCGAGAAAAAAGACUUCACCACUGAUGAAAUCGGCUGGGUUACUGUUACAUCAACCCAUAAAGGAUACAACUAUUCUGUACCCAAACUUAUUGAAGGAAAAGAGUAUAUUUUCAGAGUUACAGCUGAAAACAAGUUUGGCCGUGGACCACCAUGCUAUUCGGAGCCAGUUGUUGCAAAGAAUCAGUUUGAUCCUCCUGAUGCUCCUAACAUGCCAAGAAUUGGAGAAGUCUCUUCUAGCAGUGUUGCUUUGUCCUGGCAUGAACCUAAGGACAAUGGUAGCCCCAUCUUGGGCUACUGGAUUGAAAGACGUGAGGUCAACAGCAAGUACUGGACAAGAGUGAACCGCAAUCUUCUCAGUUCCCUAGCACUCAAGGUUGAUGGUCUUAUGGAAGGCCUGGUUUAUGUCUUCAGAGUUUGUGCUGAGAAUCUUGCUGGCCCUGGAGAAUUCAGUGUCCCAACUGAUCCUGUGCUUGCCAGAGAUCCAAUAAUGCCUCCGGGUCCUCCUGUGCCAAGAAUUGUUGAUACUACAAAUACAACAGUUGACAUUGCCUGGAUACCACCAUUAUACAAUGGUGGUGGAGAUAUUCUUGGAUAUCAUGUUGAGCGUUGCCUUGUUGGGGAGAAAGAAUGGGUUCGCAGCACUGAGUUUAGAUGCAAAGAAUGCAAGUACACCUUGACUGGACUUACUGAGGGAGCAGAUUAUAACAUUCGUGUUUAUGCUGUAAAUGAAGGUGGUCAUGGAGUUCCAGGAAUGACUGAACCAGUUCAAGUGAAAGAGCCUGAAGAGGCCCCAGGAAUUGUGUUUGAUAUCUCUGUAAGAAAUGGAGUAGUUAUAAAAGCUGGAGAGACUCUCCGUAUACCAGCCUAUGUUGUGGGCAGACCCAUACCAGAGGUGAAAUGGACGAAAGAUGAUGCUGAACCUGACAAAGACCGUGUUAUCAUUGAAAGUGCUGAAAAAUCCAGCACUGUAACCAUCAAGAAUGCUCUGAGAACUGAUCAUGGCAAAUAUGAGAUCACAGGAACCAACACCAGCGGAACAAAAUCUGCAUUUAUUAAGGUUGAAGUUAUGGAUGUUCCUGGACCAGUAGUUGAUCUAAAAACAGCACAUGUGAGCAAGAAGAUGAUCUCAUUUACUUGGGCUGAUCCUAUUGAUAAUGGUGGAAGUGAGAUCAUGGGAUAUAUUGUUGAGAGAAAAGAUGCCAAGAUGCACAUAUACAGACAACCACUGGAAACUGCUUCAUGCAAAUGUGACAUUGUUGGCCUUCUUGAUGGUGAAGAAUAUAUGUUCAGAGUGGUUGCAAGAAACAAGUUUGGCCUUGGUGUCCCUGUUGAACUGGGACCUGUCCUAGCUGUUGAUCCUAAAGGUGUCCCAUCUGCCCCAGAGAAGCUUCGACACACUGCAAGGACCAAAAACACUAUUACCCUUACUUGGCAGGCUCCUCGCAGUGAUGGUGGUUCUCCCAUCAGAGGGUAUUACGUGGAAAAGAUGCGACAAGACGGUGAUGCAUUUGAUGUUGCCAAUCAUCAGAUCUGCAAAGAUCUCACAAUUACGCUUGAGAAUCUGAAUGAGAACAUGAUGUAUGACUUCAGAGUGAAGGCUGUCAAUGAGGUUGGCGAGGGUGAACCAUCCAGACCAAUUAAUGUCAAUAUUCAAGAUGAUGAGUUUGCCCCAGCUGUACGUUUGUUGAAGUAUUUGAAGGCCAAUACCAUAACUGUCAAGAAAGGACCAGCCAUUGAAAUUCCUGUUGAAAUAACUGGUUUGCCAUUGCCCACCUAUGAGUGGACAAAGAAUGGAGUUGUUCUUGACAAAUCAACUGAGACCAUGACACUUGAAUCUGAGGAGAUUGACAGACAAACUAUCAAAACCAAAAUUGCCAUUCCAGAAACUGUGAGACAAGACACAGGCGUGUACAAAGUAGCUGCCACAAAUAUUCGUGGGACAGGCCAACAAAUUGUCAGAGUUGAUGUUUUAGAUCGUCCUACACCACCACGAAACAUUGUGGUCUCUGAUAUCAAGAGUGAGUCUUGCUACCUCACAUGGGAUGCUCCGGAGGACAACGGAGGAAGUGACCUCACCAAUUAUAUAAUUGAAAAGAGGGAUGCCAGCAAAAAGAAAUCAGACUGGGAGCAACUGACAUGCUGUAUCAUAGACAGACGCUAUGCGGUAUACAAGCUUGAAACCUAUGGCACUUACCAGUUCCAGAUAAAAGCAGAAAACAAGUUUGGAGUGAGUGAUGGAUGUGAAUCAGAGAAAGUAGUCCUCAAGGAUCCAUUUGGUCUGCCUAGUGCACCCCAGCGACCAAGAAUCCUUAAACAUAAUAGUACAUCUAUGCUGGUAGCUUGGGAUCCUCCAAAGGAUAAUGGUGGAUCAACCAUUCAGGGCUACUGGCUUGAAAAGAGGGAGAGAGGAGCUGUGUACUGGAGUCGAGUCAAUAGGGCUCCUGUAACAAAGCCAGCUGUUAAAAACUUAGAGUACAAUGUGCUGCAUCUCAUUGAAGGUAUUGAAUACCAGUUCCGUGUGAUGGCACAAAAUGCUGCUGGCAUUGGACCACCAAGUGAAGCAACAGAAUGUGCGUUUGCCUUGGAUCCAAGAAAUCCACCAAGCCAGCCUUCUGCACCUUAUGUGAAAGACAAGACAACAAGCAGUGUAUCGUUAGCCUGGGCUCCACCAGAUAAGGAUGGUGGAAGUCCCAUCAAAGGUUAUAUUCUUGAGGUUCAGGAUGAAGGCACAGAUGAGUGGAAAAGAGUAAAUCAACCUGAUAAGCUCAUUCUCACUCCAUCUUACACUGUGUCAGGGCUCAAGGAGAACAAGAAAUGUAGAUUUAGGAUUGUUGCUGUUAAUGAUGCUGGUGAGUCAGAUCCAAGUGCCAGGACUGGUGAUAUCAUCGUACAAGAUAUCACAGAGGAACCUGUUAUUACGUUGGAAGUCGCAGCUCCUGACCUGCUUUCUUGUCAUGCUGGAACAACAAUUAAAAUCCCUGCCACCAUAUCUGGAAGACCGAUUCCAGAGGUCAAAUGGGAAUAUGAUGGAGCUGCCCAAACAGAGACGAAGAACGAGCAGCACAAGCUCCCAGUGGAAUCUAAGAUCUCUUCGACUGAUACCACAACAGAAGUAACUAUCCCUGAGUGUAAGCUCAAACACUCUGGACAGUAUACCAUUACCGCCUCCAAUAAAGCUGGUACUAAAGUGGUUAAAGUCCGUGUAACAGUACUUGACUUGCCUGGGCCUCCUAAAGAUCUCAAAAUCACUGACAUUACAAGGAGUACAUGCAGACUUUCAUGGAAGCCUCCAGAUAAUGAUGGUGGUGAGAGAAUCCAGAGCUACUACAUUGAGAAAAAGACAGUUGAAGGAAAAGCCUGGACAAAGGUCAAUGCAGCAUGUGCUGGCCAGUCCUUGGUAGUCCCAGACCUUAUUGAGGGACAAGACUACUUGUUCCGUAUCCGGGCUGAGAAUCGCUUUGGUAUAGGACCUCCACUGCAAACCUUCCAGAGGACAAAAGCAAAGGAUCCCAUCCAUCCUCCCGAUGCACCCACAAGAGUCAAAAUUGUUGAUGUAUCGAAAGGUACAGUGACUUUAACAUGGAAGCCACCGAGAAAUGAUGGUGGAUCUCCUGUAACUCACUACAUUGUUGAACGACUUUGGUGGGAUUCUAGUGGAGAGCAGAAAGAGUCAUGGAGACAGUGCAAUAGACGUGACAUUGAGGCCACAACCUUUAAAGUGGAGGACCUACAUGAUGGUGCUGAGUAUGAAUUCCGUGUCAAGGCUGUAAAUGAGGCUGGUGCAAGUAAACCAUCUUCUACUGCAGGACCCAUUAUUGUUAAGGACCAGACAAGGGCACCUUCCAUUGAGCUUGAAGAAUUUUUGGAAGUAGAGCAGGGUACAGAUAUAAAAAUUUUUGCUAAGAUCAAGGGUUGCCCAUUCCCUACCCUUACCUGGCAGAAGGCCCCACCCCACAAGAGUGAUGCCAAGGUUAAUGUUGAAUAUGAUGAACAUAUCAAUAAGCUUGUCACUGAUGAUAGCUGCACUCUGCUGAUCCAGCAGGGCAAACGCUCAGAUACUGGUCUUUACACACUCACAGCCAGCAACAGCUUAGGCAAGGUCUCCAAAGAGAUGAGACUUAAUGUUUUAGGACUUCCUGGACCUCCUUCUGCACCGAUCAAGUUUGAGGAGAUUCAUGCUGAAAAUAUUACACUGUCAUGGCUACCACCCAUAGAUGAUGGUGGCUCCAAAAUCACUAACUACACUAUAGAGAGACGUGUUGCUAAUAGAAAAUCAUGGAUUCCUGUCCCAGGUGCACCUAAAGAACGUAUAUUCACAGUUGAGAGUCUAAUGCCCGGCCAUGAGUAUGUGUUCCGCAUCAGGGCCCAGAAUAAAUAUGGAGUUGGUGAACCUCUUGACAGUGAACCAGAGAUUGCUAGAGAUAUUUUCACUGUUCCUGGCCAGUGUGAGAAACCAACACUAUCCAGCAUUACAAUAGAUUCAAUGACUGUAAACUGGGAAGAACCAGACACGGAUGGUGGUAGUCCAAUUACUGGCUACUGGCUUGAGCGCAAAGAGACCACAUCUAAACGCUGGAACAGAGUUACCCGUGAUCCAGUCAGACCAAUGCCUUUUGGUGUUUCUCAUAAAGUAACGGGACUUAUUGAAGGUUGUCAGUACCUGUUCCGUGUUACUGCAAUCAAUGCUGCUGGAUGUGGACUCCCAAGUUUACCAUCUGACCUGACAGUUGCCAGAGAGCCAAUUGCUCCUCCUUCACCACCAACCCCCAAAGUUACUGACUGGACAAAGACAACAGCUGACUUGGAAUGGAUUCCUCCUCUGAAAGAUGGAGGCUCGAGGAUCAUUGGCUACUAUGUUGAGUACAAAGAGGAAGGCACAGAAGCAUGGGUUAAGGCCAAAGAAAAAGAAGUCAGAGGAACAAAAUUUGUAGUCACUGGGCUGAAAGAAAAUGGAUUUUACAAGUUUAGAGUGUUGGCAUUGAAUGCUGCUGGGCUAAGUGAACCAGGAGAAGUUGCUGAAGUUCUUGAAAUGAAAGAAAAAAUAAUUGCUCCCGAAAUUGAAAUGGAUGUCUCAAUGAAAGAGAGGAUAAUUGUUCAUGUAGGUGGUGUGAUUCGCAUUAUAGCAUAUGUAUCAGGCCAUCCUACACCUGAGAUCACAUGGAACAGAGAUAACGGAGUUGUCCCACCAGAAGCUGUUGUUGAGACCACAUCGAUUAGCACUUCAUUAGUAAUUAAGAAUUGCAUAAGGAAGCAACAAGGUGUUUAUAGCUUAACAGCAAAGAAUGCUGGUGGAGAGGUGAAGAGGACUGUUAUUGUCGAUGUUCUUGAUGUUCCUGGUCCAGUUGGUAUACCCUUUAUAGCUGAUAAUCUUACUACUGACUCAUGCAAAUUGACAUGGUUCUUUCCAGAUGAUGAUGGUGGUUCUCCUAUAUCUAACUACAUAAUUGAGAAACGUGAAGCUGAACGCAAAGCUUGGACAGCAUGCUCUUACAGUGCAGCUAGGCAAAAUGCCAUUGUUAAUAAUCUUACUUUAGGAAAAGGUUACAUGUUCCGAAUUGCACCUGAAAAUGCAGUUGGUGUUGGUCCAUUCCGUGAAACUGCUUGUGAACUCUUCAUCAAGGAACGUCUAAGUGUACCAGACCGUCCAGAAGAAGUUGAGGUUGUUGCUGUCACUAAAAACUAUAUUAGUUUAACAUGGAAGCCACCAAAGAAUGAUGGUGGAUCUGAUGUGACGUCCUACAUACUGGAGGCACGCAUGAUCGGCAAGGACAAGUUCAUGAGAUUGACCAAAGAGAAGCUGAUGGACAGGAGAUUCACCUACGAUGGUCUCUUGGAGGGUGACUCUUAUGAAUUCCGUGUGAGUGCAGUCAACGAGAUUGGUCAGGGCAAGCCGUCCUUCUGCACUAAAGCAAUCACAUGCAAAAAUGAGCUUGAACCACCAACAAUUGAAGUAGACUUCCGUGAAAAAGUUAUUAUUCGUGUUGGAGAAAGUUUUGCCCUGCAAGGGCGCUACUCAGGCAAACCACGUCCUUCUAUUACAUGGUCGAGAAAUGAUGAGGUGCUGAAGCAAGAUCAACAUGUUCAAUUAAAAAAUACACUGACCACCAUGUGCCUUGGCAUUAUCAAGGCUCAGCGUGAACACAGUGGUCGAUAUUGUGUUACAGUAGAAAAUUGUACUGGGUCCCGCAAAGGCAUUUGCAAUGUCAUUGUUGUUGAUCGUCCAUCGCCACCUGAAGGUCCGGUUAUAUUUGAGGAAGUUCAUAGAGAUCAUAUGAUAAUUUCUUGGAAGCCUCCACUUGAUAAUGGUGGAUGUGAAAUUUCAAACUAUAUAAUUGAAAAGAGAGAUGCUAACAGGGACAUGUGGACCACAGUAACAUCUGCCAGCACAAAAACCACCUGCAAAGUGCCCAAGCUGGCGGAAGGCCGUGUAUAUAUCAUGAGAAUCAGUGCUGAGAAUAUGUAUGGCAUCAGUGACCCACUGGAGUCAGAAGAAAUAAAGGCCAAGGAUCUUUUCAGAGUACCUGAGGCACCUGAUGAGCCUACAGUUAAAGAGGUGUAUCAUGACUCAGCUCUGGUGCUUUGGAACCGGCCACGUGAUGGUGGCAAGCCCAUUACUAACUACUACUUAGAAAAGAAAGAGCCCUCUGCUAAGAGAUGGGCCAGGGCAACUAGAGAGCCCAUCUACCCUGCUACACAGUUCCGGGUGCAAGAUCUCACUGAAGGCUGUGAAUAUGAAUUCCGUGUUACAGCAGAGAAUGAAAUUGGUACUGGAGACCCUAGCCCUCCUUCAAAGCCAAUCGUAGCCAAGGAUCCUAUUGUUCGUCCCAGCCCACCUGUUUUACCUCAGGCCAUAGACAAAACAAAAGAUUCUGUGAGUCUCUCAUGGCGUGUACCUCGCCAUGAUGGUAAAGGCAAAAUCUUUGGAUACCUUAUUGAGUAUCAGAAGCCUGGAGCAAUUGAAUGGAUGCAGGCCAAUGACAAACCAGAGUCAUGCCCUGAUACCAAUUUUAUUGUGAAGAACCUUAAAGAGGGUCAAGAAUUCAGUUUUAGGAUUAUGGCUGUAAAUGCGGCUGGAAAAUCUGACCCUGCCUAUGUAAAGGAACCAGUCAAAGUACACGACAGACUUGAGGAGCCAGAGUUGUUAUUAGAUGCCAACAUGUCACGGGACCAUCUUGCUAUGAUUGGAACAGAUAUCACACUAAGUGCUGUGAUUAAGGGCAUACCAACUCCCACUGUGUCCUGGAAGAAAAAUGGUGCUGAUGUUCCUGCUCAUUGUCUUACUGAAGUCACAGAAAGAGGAAGUAAACUGCAAAUAAAGAAAUGCACACGUGCUGACUGUGGAAACUAUACUAUAACCGUUCAAAAUGCAGCAGGCACAAAGACGGCAACAUGCACAGUGCUUGUUCUUGAUAAGCCUGGACCACCAAGAAAGCUUACAGUCUCUGAAGUUACAAGUGAGGCAGCUUAUCUAACAUGGCAAAAGCCAGAGGAUGAUGGUGGUGCUGUGAUUUCUCACUAUAUUGUGGAGAAAAAAGAUGUUGCAGCUGAGAAUUGGGUACCAGUCUGUGCCUCGUCCAAGAAGCUUAGCCUCAUGGCUUUAUACCUAAUGGAAGGUGUUCAGUAUUUAUUCCGUGUGGCAGCUGAGAAUCAGUUCGGAAGAAGUGCAUUUAUCGAAACCAGCAAGCCUGUCAAGGCAGUUGAUCCUCUCUAUCCUCCUGGCCCUCCUAAGAAUUUGCAUCAUGUAGAUGCAGAAAAAACUGAAGUAUGGCUUGAAUGGGAGUGGCCUGAUCGUACUGGUGGAAGUGAAAUCACAGGAUUUAUUGUUGAGCAUCAAGAAGAGGGGGCCACUGAUUGGAUCACAUUUAAAACUGUCAGCGAUGCCAAAUGUCAUGUCACUGGACUUGAAGAAGGAAAAACUUACAGAUUCCGUGUAAAAUCACAAAAUGCAAUUGGCAUUAGUCGACCAGACACCAGUAUACCAAUUACUUGCCAGCAGAAGGCUUUGGCACCAUCUAUUGAAGUUGAUGUAAAGCUCAUUGAGGGUCUUACUGUAAAGGCUGGAAGCACAAUUGUACUUCCUGCAAUCAUGAAAGGAAUACCAAUUCCAACACCCAAAUGGCAAAGUGAUGGCAAUGAGCUCAAAACAGAAGGGAAAUACAAAAUUGAUACUGAAGGAACUUCAACAACUCUAAGAAUUGCUGAUUGUGCAAGGACAGACAGUGGAGAAUAUAUACUUACAGUUUCAAAUCCAGCAGGAAGCAAGUCAGUUGCUCUUCACGUAACAGUACUUGAUCUUCCUGGUCCUCCAGUUGGACCUGUCAACAUCCUUGAUGUUACUCCUGAUCACAUGUUUAUCCAGUGGCGUCCACCUAAGGAUGACGGUGGCACACCAUUGAUGAGCUACAUUGUUGAAAAGAAGGAUGUCAAGAAGUCAUGGGAGGGAUGGUCUGUUGUGAGUUCUGGAAGUACCAGCACCAAAGCUAAGGUGCCACGUUUAGCAAAGGGUCGUGAAUAUAUUGUCCGUAUUCGUGCUGAGAACAAGAUUGGCAUUGGUGCUGAGCUUGAAAGUCCUCCAACAAUUGCCAAACAUAUGUUUAAUCCACCUGGCCCUCCAGGACAACCGAUAUGUUCUGAUAUCACAGAAAAUGCUGUGACAUUAUCAUGGACGGCACCAGAAACUGAUGGUGGAAGUCCAGUUACUGGCUACAUUGUGGAGCGCAGGGAGUUGACUGGUAAAUGGAUUCGUGUAAAUAAAACACCAGUCUUGGAUAUUCGCUACAGAGUCUCUGGGCUUUUUGAGGGCAACAUAUAUGAAUUCAGAGUUUUUGCUGAAAAUGUUGCUGGUGUAAGUGAGCCUUCCUAUCCUUCUGACCAAAUAAAAGCCACCCGCCCAAUUGCUCCACCUGGACCUCCAAGUAAUGUAAAACUGAAGGACUGGAGCAAGUCCUAUGCAGAUUUGGUGUGGACCAAGCCGAACAGAGAUGGUGGUAGCCCUGUUUUAGGUUAUGUUGUUGAAUGCCAGAAAGCUGGCUCUGCACAGUGGGAUAGAAUCAGUAAGGACCUUAUCAAGACCUGUGCAUUCAGAGUCCCAGGACUUAUGGAGGGUACAGAGUAUAGAUUCCGUAUAAGAGCAUCUAACAAGGUUGGGGAUGGAGAGCCACGAGAGCUAACGGAGACAGUACUUGCUAAAGACAUCCUUGUACCUCCAGAAAUUAAUGUUGAUGUUGCUUGCCGUGAUCUUGUAACAGUUCGGGCAGGACAAAUCAUCAACCUUGUUGCCCGAGUUAAAGGCAGACCUGAUCCUGAAAUCACAUGGAAUAAGGAUGCAAGAGCCUUAGGCAGAGACAAGCGUACAGAGAUGAUUAAUAACUUCCCUCUUGUUGAACUAGUCAUUCAGGAUGCUGUAAGAGGAGAUUAUGGAAAAUAUGCAAUUCAGGCUAAAAAUAGCAGUGGCCAAGCACAUGCUUCAAUCAUUGUUAAUGUACUUGACAUCCCUGGAGCUUGCCAGAACUUGAAGGUUGCAUAUGUGUCCAAGGACUCCUGUAUGGUAUCUUGGGAAAAUCCAGAGGAUAAUGGUGGCACUGAAAUUACAAAUUACAUAAUUGAAUGCCGCCAACCUAGUCAGAGAGGAUGGACAGUUGUUUCAUCUGAUUGCACCAAACGUCUUGUGAAGGCUCCACUCGUCGAGAACUGUGAAUAUUUCUUCCGUGUUAGUGCAGAAAACAAAAUUGGUGCUGGACCACCAACGGAAACAAAAACAGCAGUUCUUGCUGUUGACCCAGUUGAGAAACCUGGAGAGCCAGAAAAUUUCCAUAUUGCUGAAAUUGGAAAAACCUUUGUCUUCCUUAAAUGGAAGAAGCCAGAAUAUGAUGGUGGUAGCCGCAAUCUUGCUUAUCACGUGGAAAAGAAACCAAAAGAAGCAGUAGAAUGGGAAAGAAUCCACAAAGGAGCUAUUAAAGAGACAUAUUUCAUGGCAGACAGGUGCAUAGAAAACCAAAUAUAUCAGUUUAGAGUACAAACAAAAAAUGAAGGAGGAGAAAGCAAUUGGGUGACUACAGCUGAAGUUCUUGUAAAGGAAGAACUUGUAGUUCCUGAGAUACAUGUCAAGUUGGAAGGUGUUCUGGUAGUUAAAGCUGGAGAUUCCAUUCCAAUUGAGGCAGAGAUUAAGGGCAAACCACAACCAGAUGUUAAAUGGGCUAAAGAAGGUGACACUCGAGAUAUAAAUCGAAGUCCUCGACUACAGGUUGACACUGGUGUUAACUUCUCUAAAUUUCUGCUUACCAAUUCAAAACGCACAGAUUCUGGAAAAUAUACUGUCACUGCAACAAAUGCUGCUGGAACCUGUACUGCUGGGGCUAAAGUGAAUGUUCUAGACAGACCUGGACCUAUUAGAAAUCUUAAGGUGUCAGGCAUUUCAGUUGAUAGAUGCAAGUUGGACUGGGAAGCGCCUGAGGAUGAUGGUGGAUGUGAAAUUUAUAACUACAUCAUUGAGAAAUGUGAGACAAAAAGAGGUGUCUGGUCAAUUCAUUCUUCAGCUGUUAUAAAAAAUUCUGCAAAUGUAACUCGUCUUAUUGAAGGAAACGAGUACAUAUUUAGAGUAAGGGCAGAGAACAAAAUGGGAACUGGACCUGCUGUACAAACAGAAUCUAUUAUUGCAAGAACCCAGUUCAGUAGACCUGGUGCACCCGAUGCUCCUGAGGUGACCAAAGUUGCAAAAGAUGAAAUGACAGUUGUAUGGUGCUCCCCUGAUUAUGAUGGUGGAAAACCCAUUACUGGUUAUAUUCUUGAAAAGAAAGAAGAACAUGGCAUUAGAUGGGCACCGGUUACUAAAGCUCCCAUUAGUAAUACAUGUUUGACUGUAACGGGAUUGUUGCCUAAUCAUGAUUACCAAUUCCGUGUGAAGGCUGAAAAUGAGAUUGGAGUUGGUGAUGCGAGCAAGCCAUCUAGAACAUUUACUGCACGGGAUCCUCUUGGUCCUCCUGGUCCUGUUGGAAACUUGAAAGUGACUGAUAGUUCAAAGACAUCAAUCACUCUUGGUUGGACAAAGCCUACACAUGAUGGUGGUGCCCCACUCAUUGGAUAUGUAGUUGAGCUCAGAGUCAGGAGUUCAGGCAAGAAGGGAGAUGAUGGAUGGAAAAGGUGCAAUGUUGCUGCCCAGCUGAUUGGAACAGAAUUCACAGUCACAAGUCUGGAUGAGAAUCUUGAGUACGAAUUCCGUGUUUCUGCACAAAACCAGAUAGGUUUGAGCCAACCAACCAAUCUUGAGGGAGCUGUUUCUCCCCGAGAUAUUUUUGAGGCCCCUGAAGUUUCUUUGGAUGCUGAGCUCAAGAAAGGUCUUACUGUAAGAGCUGGCUGCCCAAUAAGAAUAGUGGCAACUGUCAGGGGACGCCCACCUCCCAAGGUGCUAUGGAGAAGAAUGGGAAUUGAUAAUGUUGUCAAGAAGGGACAUGUCGAUCUCAUUGACACAAUGACGUUCCUUGUCAUACCUGAUACCACCCGUGAUGAUUCUGGCAAAUACUCAUUAACUGUAACAAGCCCAGCAGGAGAAAAAGCUGUAUUUAUCAAUGUCAAAGUACUUGACACACCUGGACCAGUUGUUGGUCUGGAGGUCACAGACAUUACAAUGGUAUCUUGUGACCUCUCAUGGACCCCACCUGAAAAUGAUGGCGGCAGUGAAGUAACUCAUUAUAUUGUGGAGAAGCGUGAAAUAGAUCGCAAAACAUGGGCAACAGUUAAAAAUGACAUUGGCAAAACAACCUUUAAAGUCAGUAAUCUUGUACCAGGAACGGAAUAUUACUUCAGAGUAACUGCAGUGAAUGCAUUUGGUCCAGGUGUUCCAAAAGCCACACAGAGAUCAUAUCUGGCUUCUGAUCCUAUUAGUAAACCUGACCCACCUCAGAAAGUUGAUGUUUUGGAGAUUACUAAAAACAGUGCUAAGGUGGGCUGGGUAAAACCAAUGAGGGAUGGUGGAGCUAAGAUUGAUGGCUACAUAAUUGACUACCUUGAGCUUCCUGAACCCAAAAUAACCAAGGAACCAGUGAAAGAAUGGACACCAUAUACCACAGUGAAAGAUUUAUGUAUCUCUGUUGUUGGACUGAAAGAGGGAAGGAAAUACCGCUUCAGAGUAGCUGCACGGAAUGCCAUGGGAGUUAGUCUUCCCACUGAAACCAAAGAAGCAUAUGAGAUUAAAGAACAAACGUUGGAACCCAAGGUUAUCAUGCCAGAGUGCGUCACUGCAAAAGCAGGAGCAAGACUGAGAGUUGAGGCUCUUGUAUCUGGGAAACCAGAACCUGUGUGUCAGUGGAAACGAGGAGACGAUAAUGUGGUCUCCUCAAGCCGCCUUGCAGUACACAAAUCCCAGAACAUGUGUGUGAUCAUAAUCAAAGAUGUCUCAAGAACAGAUAGUGGUCAAUAUAGCCUUGUUGCUGAGAACAGCGGAGGAAAAGUGGAAGAAGUUAUGAAAAUUGUCAUUAAAGAUAUUCCUGGACCACCUGAGCCUCCUUUUGCAAUAAGUGACAUUGACUCUGAUGCCUGCUCACUGUCUUGGAACAAGCCACUUGAAGAUGGUGGUAGCAACAUUACUAACUAUGUGGUUGAGAAAUGUGAUGUAAGCAGAGGUGACUGGGUCACUGCUCUUUCCAGCUGUGGCAAGACUGGCUGCAGACUUGGCAAACUUAUUCCUGGAAAGGAGUAUAUGUUUCGUGUUCGUGCAGAAAACCGUUUUGGAAUUUCUGACCCAAUUACAUCUGAAAGAAUGGUAGCUAAAUUCCCCUUUGGUGUUCCUGGUGAGCCCUUGAACUGUCGCAUUACAAAAAUAAACAAGGACUGCAUGUUUGUGGCUUGGGAUAAGCCAGAGUCAGAUGGUGGAAGCCCAAUUACUGGAUAUUACAUUGAGCGAAAAGAGAGAAACAGUCUCUUAUGGGUUAAGGCUAAUGAUACAGUUGUACGAACAACUGAAUAUCCUUGUGCUGGUCUAAUCGAAGGUUUAGAAUACACUUUUAGAGUUUCUGCUAUUAACCGUGCAGGACAAGGCAAACCAAGUGCAAAGACUGACUUUUUUACUGCAAGAACACCAGUGGAUGCUCCAGGAAAACCAGAGGCGCUUGAUGUGGCCAAAAAUAAAGUAACAUUGGUUUGGGCCAAACCAAAAAAUGAUGGCGGGAGCAAGAUCAUUGGAUACUAUGUUGAAGCCUUAAAGAUUCCUGGAGACAAAUGGGUGCGAUGCAACACAAGCAGUCAGAAUGUACCUCGGGAAGAGUACACUGUAUCUGGAUUGGAUGAGGGUUCCCAGUAUCAAUUUAGGGUUAUUGCAAAAACAGCCAUUAACAUUAGCAGGCCAUCUGAAAUCAGUGACCCUAUUCUGGUUUCUGCAGAGAAUGUGCCACCCAGAAUAGAACUGGCAAUACAGAUGAAGAAGAUGGUACCAAAGAAAGCUGGAUCAGAUAUCUGCCUUGAAGCUGAAGUUUUUGGCAAACCGAUGCCAAAGGUUACAUGGAGCAAGGAUGGAAAAGUAUUGAUCAUGGAUAAAGACAUGAAAAUGACACAAAAGAAACACCUAUUUUGUCUACACCUCCCUGCUGUUACAAAAUGCCAUACAGGGGUGUACAGCAUUCUUGCUCAGAAUGCAAGUGGCUCUAAAACAGCAGACAUACAGCUUACAGUUUUGGACGUUCCUGGUCCACCUGCCUCUAUUAAGUUAGAAGAGGUACUUUCUGAUCAUGUAAAACUAAGCUGGACAGCCCCACUUGCAGAUGGUGGUUCACCGAUUACAAACUAUAUUGUGGAUAAGCGUGAGUCAAGUCGGCCUAAUUGGGCUCAGGUUUCUGCCAAAAUCACUCGUGAUACAACUCAAUUUUGUGUAGAAAGGCUGAUUAUGGAUCAUGAAUACCAGUUCCGUGUACGUGCUGAAAACCGUUAUGGAGCUGGGGAUGCCAUCCUAUCAGAGCCUGUUGUUGCAAAGGACCCUUUUACUGUUCCUGGACAAUGUAAUCCACCAAUCAUUACAAAUAUCACAAAAGAGAAAAUGACAGUAAGCUGGAAAGAACCUUCUGAUGAUGGAAAAUCUCCUAUUCUUGGAUAUAUUGUUGAAAAACGUGACACCAGAGAAAUAAACUGGACCAAACUAAAUAGGAAACCAUUACUCGAAAGAUCACAUGAAGUUGUAGGUCUUUCAGAAGGGGCUCAGUAUGAGUUUAGAGUUGUUGCAGUUAACAAAGCUGGUAUGGGAAAACCCAGUGAACCAUCAAAUGCUACUACUGCAGUUGAUCCUAUUUAUCCUCCUGGACCACCAGUUUCCCCUAAGGUUACAGACACAAGUAACAGUACUAUAAGCUUAUCGUGGACUAAACCUACAAAUGAUGGUGGAAGUGAAAUUUUGGGAUAUCUAGUUGAGUGCAAAAGAACAGAUGCAACAGACUGGAUCCGAUGCAAUGUCCCAAAGAACCUGCAGGAUACACACUAUGUUGUCACUGGACUCUUGGAGAAAUCAGAAUAUCAACUACGUGUCAGUGCUGUGAACAAAGCUGGCUUCGGUCAGCCAUGUGAAGUCCCAGAUAAGCAUGUUGCAAAGGAUGUAUUUGUUGCACCUGAGGCUGAACUUGAUGCAGUGUUGAAGGAUACAUUGGUUCUUCAGGCUGGUGCUCGAAUGAAGCUUCAUGCCAAAAUAAAAGGCCGCCCUGUACCAAAAGUUACGUGGGCUAAGAUGAACACCAACAUAAAAGACAGACAAGGAAUCGUCAUUAAAAUCUCAGACACUGACACAAUGGUUUUUGUUGAAAGAGUUAAUAGAUAUGAUGCAGGAAAAUACAUUCUUAACCUUGACAGUGUCAGUGGCAUGAAGAUGUACACAGUUGUUGUUAAGGUUAUUGAUACUCCCGGCCCACCACUAAACCUGAUGGUGAAAGAGACAACAAAGGACAGUGCAUCAAUUAUGUGGGAUGAACCACUAAUUGAUGGUGGAAGUGAAAUUACAGGUUACAUAGUAGAAAAACGUGAUGCAGAGAGAAAAGCAUGGUCCACAGUUUCCAGCUGUGACAAAACAUCUUUUAGGAUUGAGGGCCUGGAACCUGGUAGAUCCUACAACUUUAGAGUCAAGGCUUUAAAUAAGUAUGGUACUGGUGAGCCUGGUGAAACAGCAGAUGCUGUCAGAGCCUCUGAGCAACCUGGACCCGUCAUAGACUUUAAGCCCUUGCUAGUAACCAGAGAUUCAUGUACUCUUUCUUGGAAGAAACCUGUUAGUGAUGGUGGUAGUCGAAUAAUUGCAUAUGUGCUUGAAGUUCUGAAUGGUGAGGACAAAUGGAAGGAACUUCUAAGAUCCAAGAACAUGCAAUAUAGUGCUAAAGAUCUUGUUGAAGGAAGAGAAUAUAAGUACAGAGUAAGGGCAACCAAUGAUGCGGGCGAUGGUCCAGUGAAGGAGCUCUCUGUUGUGGCAAAGGAUUUGAUUGUUUAUCCAAGCUGUGAUUUACGAGAUUUGCCAAACUUGAGCUACAUUGCAAAAGAAGGAAGCACUGUUCGACUUAAGAUUCCCAUCCAUGGUAAACCUGUUCCAACAGUCACAUGGAAGAAGGGUGAAGAUGAAAACUUGACUGACACUGGAAGAGUUUGUGUAGAAUCUACUGCUGUUAAUACAACUCUCUUGAUUCGUGACUGCCAGAGGAAUGAUGCUGGAAAAUAUACCAUCACUCUUCGUAAUAGUGCAGGAUCAAAAGACUCCUCUAUCUUUGUGAGAGUUGUUGGCAAACCAGGAAUUUGUACAGGACCUAUCAAGUUUAAGGAAGUAACAGCCGAUGGAGCUACCUUAAAAUGGGGCGUUCCUAAAGAUGACGGAGGGUCAGAAAUUACGAACUACAUUUUAGAGAAACGGGAUUCCAUUACCAAUAUGUGGGUAACUGUCUCCUCAGCCGUGGAAACAAACAGUCAUAGAGUGUCUGGUCUCCAUGAAGGAACACAAUAUAUCUUUAGAGUUUCUGCAGAAAACAAAUAUGGAGUUGGAGAAGGUCUCAAAUCUGAACCUAUGGUUGCUAAGCAUCCAUUCAAUGUACCUGAUGCUCCACCUCCACCCCAAGUCUUGAGUAUGCGUCAUGAAUCUGCAACUUUGGCUUGGUCUGAUCCACGAAAAACAGGCGGUUCACCAAUUACAGGAUAUCAUGUGGAAUUCAAAGAAAGAAACAGCAUGUUAUGGAAAAGAGCUAACCCAGCACCUUUAAAAAUGAAAGACUUUAAAGUAAAAGGUUUAACUGAGGGCCUGGAAUACGAGUUUAGAGUGAUGGCUAUAAAUUUGGCUGGGGUUGGUAAGCCAAGUUCUCCAACUGAACCAAUGGUGGCCUUGGAUCCAAUUGAUCCUCCUGGAAAACCUGAUGUAAUCAGCAUCACAAGAAGUACCGUAACCCUUCAAUGGACCGAACCUCAGUAUGAUGGUGGACAUAGACUUACAGGUUACAUAGUUGAGAGACGUGACCUUCCUGCCAAGGUCUGGGUGAAAGCCAACCCUAUAAAUGUUGUGGAAUGUGCAUAUACUGUGUCCAACUUGCAGGAGGGUUGCAAGUUUGAAUUCAGAAUCAGAGCCAAGAAUGCAGCUGGGGCAAUAAGUCCACCAUCUGAACAAACAGAUACCCUUGUGUGCACAGAUGAAUAUGCGGCACCAACCAUUAUUAUUGACCCCACGGUAAAGGAAGGACUUACAGUCAAAGCUGGAGACACAAUAGUCAUUACAGCAACAAGCAUUUUAGGGAAACCUGCACCAAGAUCAGUCUGGUCAAAAGGAGGAAAAUACUUUAAGCCAUCAGAUAUAUGCCAGAUUGAAACCACUCCCACAUCCUCUACUCUGUCUAUUAAAUAUGCAAGCAGAAAGGAGUCAGGGGAGUAUACCAUUACAGCAAGCAAUCCAUUUGGUGUUAAAGAAGAAAAUGUCAAAGUAACAGUGUUGGAUGUUCCUGGGGCCCCAGCACCAAUUGAAACAAGUGGCAUAUCAUCAGAAAAGGUUACGUUGACCUGGGCACCACCUAAUGAAGAUGGUGGAUCUGCAAUUAAAUAUUACAUUUUAGAAAAGAGGGAAACAAGCCGUCUUCUGUGGACAAUUCUCGCAGAAAAGGUUAUUGACUGUCAUUUUGUUGCAAAUAAACUAAUCCAAGGAAAUGAAUAUGUAUUCCGUGUAUCAGCUGUCAACCAUACUGGAGCUGGUGAUUUUUCAUAUUCAGAGCCUGCGAAGAUGGUGGAUAAUUAUGGCCCUCCAGGCCCUCCAUCAAGACCAGAGGUGGAAAAUAUUGGAGCCAAGACUGCUACAAUUACAUGGAAGAGACCAGCUGAUGAUGGAGGCAGUGAUAUCACAGGUUACAUGAUUGAGAAAAAGGAAAGAAAGGGCAUAAGGUGGUCAAAAGCAUCAAAGAAGACUGUACCUGAUAUUCAUUUUGAGGUUCAAGGCCUCACAGAAGGAGAAGAGUAUCAAUUCAGAGUAACUGCUGAGAACAAGGCCGGCUUUGGGGAACCCAGUGAGCCAUCACAACCUGUUAGAACAAAGGUCAUUGCAGCUUCACCUGGACCCCCAGUCAACCCAAGAGUCACGGAUACAACAAAAACCACAGCUGAACUGCAUUGGGGCAAACCUGUUAAUGAUGGUGGUAUGCCCAUCACAGGAUAUAUUGUUGAGCACAAAAAGGAUGGGGAAGAAACAUGGGUGAAGGAUACAACUACAGCUUUAAUUAUCACAGAAUUUGUUGUUCCAAACUUGGAAACUGGAGCAAAGUAUCAUUUUAGAAUUAGUGCCAUAAAUGCAAUAGGAGUUGGGGAACCAGCACAAACAGUAGACCUCAUUGAAAUAAUUGAACGUGAAGUAAUUCCAGACUUGGAACUUGAUGUUGAAUUGAGAAGAACACUAGUUGUCAAAGCUGGAGGAUCUAUUCGCAUAUUUGUUCCAAUUAAAGGGCGUCCAACUCCAUCUGUGACUUGGACAAAGGAAGGAUCUGCACUAAAAACCCGGGCGAACAUUGACUCUACAGAGUCUUACACUCUUUUAGUCAUUCCUGAUUGCAAUAGACAUGAUGCUGGAAAAUAUGACUUGACAUUAGAGAAUGCGGCUGGAAAGAAGACUGCCUAUGUGAAUGUUAAAGUUUUGGACUCUCCCGGACCCCCUAUCAAUCUUAAACCAAAAGCCAUUGACAAGGAAAGCAUUACACUUCAGUGGGAACCACCUCUUAUUGAUGGUGGUGCACAAGUUACUAAUUAUAUCAUUGAAAAAAGAGAAGCUACCCGUAAAGCAUAUGCUACAGUAGUAACAAAAUGUCCCAUGUGUUCUUUAAGAAUUCCAAAUUUGUCAGAGGGGUCAGAAUAUUAUUUUAGAGUAUCUGCAGAAAAUGAAUUUGGAAUUGGUGAAGCAGCAGAAACGCUAGAUCCUAUCAGAGCAUCUCAAGCACCAAGUCCCCCUGAAAUUGUCACAAUUACUGAUGUUACCAAAAACUCAGCUAGUCUUACAUGGACCAAACCAAAGCAUGAUGGUGGAAGCAGAAUAACUGGGUAUGUUGUUGAGGCUCAGAAAAAAGGAACAGACCAGUGGGCUCAUGUAACUACUGUAAAGUCUUUAGACUUUACUGUAAAGAAUUUAAAUGAAAACGAGGAGUAUGUAUUCCAUGUCAUGGCUGUUAAUUUAUCAGGCAGAAGCCAUCCUCGUGAAAGCAAGCAUGUUGUUAUAAAAGACCAAAGCACAGAACCAGAAUUUGACCUGAGGGGUAUCUGCAAGAAGACCGUCAUAGCAAAGGCAGGGGAUGACAUAAAGGUUGAGGUACCAGUAAGUGGGCGUCCUAAACCAACAGUAACCUGGCAGAAAGACCAUCAACCUCUCAAGUUAACACAAAGGACACUGGUUGAAAACACCGCUACUUCAAGCAUCUUGACUAUAAAUGAGUGUUCUAGAGGAGACACUGGAGUGUAUUCAAUUACAGGGAAAAACAUAGUUGGUUCAGUUACUGAAAACAUCAUAAUUAAAGUGCAUGAUGUUCCUGGGCCACCUAGGGGACCAAUAAAAUUAGACAAAAUAUCUCGUGAUUCAGUUGAGUUCUCAUGGGAUUUACCGGAAAAUGAUGGUGGUGUACCAAUUAGUAGUUAUGUUGCUGAAAUGAGGGAAACUACUACUCAGAACUGGACAUUGCUGUCUUCAACAAUCAUUCGAACAACAUAUAAGGCAACUCGUCUAACAACAGGCAUGGAAUACCAAUUUCGUGUAAAGGCCAAAAAUAGAUAUGGAGUAGGACCUCCAAUUACAUCAGAGGCUGUAGUUGCAGCUUAUCCAUUUAAGGUUCCUGGACCACCAGGCACUCCCAAAGUUGUCGAAUUCACAAAGGACACAAUGACUGUUGGCUGGAAUGAGCCAGUAAAUGAUGGAGGAAGUGAGGUUAUUGGAUAUCAUGUUGAAAGAAAAGAGAGGAACAGCAUUAUCUGGCACAGAAUUAGCAAAGCUCUUGUGGUAGGAAAUCUUUUUAAAACAACUGGGCUGGAGUCUGGUACCGCGUAUGAGUUCCGGGUGAUGGCUGAAAAUGUAGCUGGAAUUGGAAAACCAAGCAAAGCAUCUGAACCCAUGCUUGCUCUUGAUCCAAUUGAUCCACCUGGUUGCCCUAUACCAAUCUACGUGUCUAAAAAUGCAAUUACAAUUCAGUGGACAAAGCCAGAAUAUGAUGGUGGGUUCAAGAUUACAGGCUAUAUUGUGGAAAAAAGAGAUCUACCAUCAGGGCGCUGGAUAAGGGCCAACUUUACAAACAUUAUAGAAACUACCUUUACUGUAAGUGGUCUAAACAAAGAUGCGUCCUAUGAAUUCCGUGUACUUGCAAGAAAUUCAGUUGGAGCUAUUAGCAACCCAUCAGAUAUAUCAGAUCCAAUAAUUUGUAAAGAUGACAUUGAAGAACCAAAAAUUAUGGUUGAUGCCAAAUUUAAGGAUGUUGUCCUUGUUAGAGCAGGAGAAGUCUUCAAACUUGAUGCUGAUGUUACAGGCCAGCCUUUGCCAUCUAUGGCAUGGACCAAAGAUGGAAAGGACAUUGAAAAUACUUCUAAACUACAGAUGAAAAUUACAGACCUUACUGCUUCCUUGGUAAACAAGGACUCUCUUAGAAAAGAUGGAGGUCAAUUUGUUCUAACAGCUACUAAUGUGGGUGGAUUUGCUAAACAUAUAUUCAAUGUUAAAGUCCUUGAUAGACCCGGACCACCUAAAGGACCCCUUAUGGUUUCAGAUAUCACAGCAGAAAAAUGUGUGCUUACAUGGGCUCCACCAGAAGAUGAUGGUGGAGCAAACAUUGAAUGCUAUGUAAUUGAAAAACGUGAGUCAAGCAGACUUGCUUGGACAAGUGUGGCAACAGACUUUCAAGUUACACAACACCAAGUAACAAAAUUGCUCAAAGGAAAUGAAUACAUUUUCAGAGUCAUGGCUGUUAAUAAGUAUGGAGUUGGGGAGGCACUUGAGUCUGACCCAACAAUUGCAGACAACCCUUAUGUUCCACCUGACCCUCCACAAAUGCCUGAAAUUACAGCUGUCACAAAAGAUUCAAUGGUGCUUUGCUGGGGAGCUCCUGCAAAUAAUGGUGGAAGUGAAAUCACUAACUACAGUAUUGAGAGAAGAGACAGAAUUGGUUUACGCUGGGUAAAAUGCAACAAAAAGAAGGUAACUGACUUACAUUUUAAGGUUACUGGACUUGUUCCAGGACAUGAAUAUGAAUUUAGAGUUUUUGCAGAGAAUGUAGCUGGAAUCAGUGGACCAAGUCCCUCAAGUCCCUACAUAAAAGCCUCCGACACACUGUUUAAACCAGGCCCACCUGGUAACCCAAGGAUCUUGGACACAACAAGUUCCUCAAUCACACUUGCAUGGAAUAAACCAUUAUAUGAUGGUGGCUCUGAAAUCAGUGGAUACAUUGUUGAGACUUGUAUGUCUGGAACUCAAGAGGAGGAAUGGACGAUUGUCUCUCCUAAAGAGGGCCUUAAAGCAACAUCAUUUACCAUCACGAACCUUAAGGAGAAUCAGGAAUACAAAAUAAAUAUAUCUGCCAUUAACAGUGAGGGUAUUGGAGAAGCAGCACCUGUUCCAGGUUCACCUAAAGCUGAAGAGAGACUCCUACCACCAGAAAUUGACCUUGAUGCUGACCUUCGUAAAGUUGUGAACAUUAGAGCAUGUACCACCUUGAGACUCUUUGUUCCAAUUAGAGGAAGGCCAACUCCAAAUGCCAAAUGGUCAAGAGAGAAUGAUGAACCUUUGGAUAGAGCUACAAUUGAGAGUACAUCAUCUUUCACAUCAUUGGUGGUUGAAAAUGUGAACAGAUUUGACAGUGGUAAAUAUAUUUUGACUGUGGAGAACAGCUCUGGAAGCAAAUCAGUUUCUGUGGUUGUUAGAGUUCUAGAUACACCUGGUGCCCCACAAAACCUUCAAAUAAGCAAAAUUACCAAAGAAUCUGUCUCACUAAUAUGGGAUCCCCCAUUAAACGAUGGUGGCACCAAGAUUAAAAACUACAUUGUUGAGAAACGGGAAGCAACAAGAAAGGCCUAUGCUACAGUUAAUGCUAAUUGUCAUAAAACAACCUGGACUGUUGAUCACCUUCAAGAAGGAUGCAAUUACUACUUCAGAGUACUUGCAGAGAAUGAGUAUGGCAUUGGUAUCCCUAUUGAAACCAGUGAAUCGGUCAAAGUAUCAGAAAAACCACUGCCUCCAGGAAAAAUUACACUUCAAGAUGUUACAAAGACAAGUGUCACACUGUCAUGGGAGAAACCUGAACAUGAUGGAGGAAGUAGAGUGGUUGCAUAUGUUGUAGAGAUGCAGAGUAAAGGCAGUGAGAGAUGGACACAGGCCAUGAUUGUGAAAGUACCUGAGGCAGUUAUUUCUGGGCUUACUCCUGGUGAGGAGUACAUGUUUCGUGUUUCGGCUAGAAAUGAAAAAGGCACCAGUGAUCCUCGCCAUAUUGGUGUUCCGGUGAUUGCCAAAGACCUUGUAAUUGCCCCAUCUGCCAAGUUGUUAUUUUCAACAUUUAGUGUUCUUGCUGGAGAGGAUUUGACAAUAAAUAUUCCAUACAUUGCUCGACCUAAAGCUGCAGUCUCCUGGGAGAAGGAUGCGAUACCACUUAAGCAAACAAGCAGGGUUAACUUCUCUUUCACAGACAACCAACUGAAUCUUAUAGUCAAAGAGGCAUGUAGAGAUGAUGUUGGUCACUACAGCAUCAAACUUUCAAACACAGCUGGUGAGACAUCAGUGAAUAUAGGAGUAGUUGUUCUCGACAAACCUGGCCCACCAGUUGGCCCAGUGAAAUUUGAUGCAAUAACAUCUGACAGUGUCACUAUUUCAUGGAAACCACCAGAAUAUGAUGGAGGCUGCACAAUUAAGAACUACCUGGUGGAGAAAAGAGACACAUCCACAACAAACUGGGUAGUUGUAGCAGCAAAUCUGGCUAGAACCAAGGUUAAAGCUGGAAGACUAAAAACCGGAACUGAAUAUCAAUUCAGAAUAACUGCUGAGAACAGAUAUGGCAAAGGCCCUCUGCUUGUCUCAGAGUGUGUUGUUGCACAAUAUCCAUAUAAGCUUCCAGGACCACCUGGAACACCCUUCGUUCAUUCUUCAACCAGAGAUAGUAUGGUUGUGAUGUGGAAUGAGCCAGUUAUUGAUGGAGGAAGCACAAUUUUGGGUUACCAUCUUGAACGUAAAGAAAGAAAUAGCAUUCUCUGGAUCAAGCUUAAUAAGAGUAUAAUCCAGGACACAACCUACAAGACCACAGGCCUUGAUGAAGGCCUUGAAUAUGAAUUUAGAGUGUAUGCUGAGAACAUUGUUGGUAUUGGAAAGGCAAGCAAAGUAUCAGAGGGACAUGUUGCUCUUGAUCCUUGUGAUCCUCCUGGCACACCUGAAGCAGUUAAAAUUACAAAGAAUUCUAUCACUAUCGUGUGGACUAAACCCGAAUAUGAUGGUGGAAGCAAGGUCACAGGCUAUAUUGUUGAAAAGAAAGAAUUACCAGAAGGACGCUGGCUUAAGGCAAACUUCACAAAUGUUAUUGAAACAGAGUACAUUGCCACAGGUCUCACAGAAGACCAGAAAUAUGAGUUUAGAGUUAUUGCAAGAAAUGCAGCAGGAGUUUUUAGUGAUCCUUCAUAUAGCACUGGACCCAUUGCUGCAAAGGAUGAGAUUGAAGCCCCUCGCAUCAGCUUAGACCCACAUUAUACACAGGCUAUUGUUGUAAGUGCAGGAGAAUCGUUUAAGAUUGAUGCAGAUGUACAUGGAAAACCAGAACCAACAAUUUUCUGGAUGAAGGGAGAUCAAGAACUUGGAAACACAAUACAUCGUGAAAUUAAAAACACCACCAGCUUUGCAUGCUUAUCUGUAAAAGAGGCCAAGCUUGCUGAUGGUGGUGAGUACACUCUGCUGCUAAGGAAUCCAGGUGGUGAGAAAGCUGUCAAGGUCAAUGUCAAUGUUUUAGAUAAACCUGGGCCACCAGAGGGUCCAAUAUUUAUUACAGGGGUUACCAGUGACCAAUGUUGCCUUUCAUGGAAACCUCCAAAACAGGAUGGUGGAAGCAAUAUCACUCACUACAUUCUUGAAAGAAGAGAGACAAGCAGACUCAUCUGGACACUUGUUGAUCCCAAAGUUCAAGCUGAGUAUAUGAAAGUAACAAAACUUCUUGAAGGCAAUGAAUAUAUUUUUAGGGUUUUGGCAGUGAACAAGUUUGGAGUUGGUGAAGCACUUCAGUCUGAUCCAGUUCUUAUUAGGGAUCCUUUUAUGCUUCCAGAUGCCCCGAAGGCAAUAGAGGUCUCUGAUAUUAAAAAAGACUCAGUGGUACUAAGUUGGGAGGCGCCUUCAAUUGACGGUGGCACUCCUGUCACUGGAUAUAUAAUUGAAAAACAUGACAAGGAGGGAGUUCGAUGGAUUAGAUGCAACAGGGAACAUGUCACUGACCUAACCUUCAAAGUCACUGGACUCCUUGAAGCUCACCUCUAUGAAUUUAGGGUUGCAGCUAUAAAUUCUGUUGGGGUUGGUGAGCCUAGUUCAGCAACAGUAUUCUAUAAAGCUCUGGAUCCUGUGUUCAGGCCAGGUCCUCCACAUAAUCCUAGGGUGAUAGACACAACCAAAUCAUCUGUGUCACUUGCAUGGGGGAAACCUAUUUAUGAUGGUGGAUGUGAAAUCCAAGGAUAUAUUGUUGAAUCAUGUGAGGUGAAAGCUGCUCAGGAAGUUUCAGAAGAUGUCCCUAUGGCAGAAGAAUGGACUAUGUGCACACCAGCCACUGGUGUAAAGUUAACAUGCUUUACUGUGGAAAAUCUAAAAGAAACCCAGAAAUAUAAGUUCAGAGUAUGUGCAGUUAACAAAGUUGGUGUUGGUGAGCAUGCAGAUGUUGCUGGCCACAUUCAACCGGAAGAUAAGACAGAGGAGCCAGAUCUUGAUAUUGAUUCUGAGUUUAGGAAGCUUGUCAGUAUUAAAGCUGGAAGAUCGCUCCGAAUUUUUGUUCCAAUUAGAGGACGCCCUAUACCACAAAUUAAAUGGGAGAAGGAUGACUGCCCUAUUAAAGAGACUGGACAAGUUGAGGUCACAUGUGCACAUACUUCUCUUGUGAUUGAUAACAUAUCUAGAAAUGAUAGUGGAAAGUAUACCGUGAUUGCAGAAAACUCAUCUGGUAUUAAGUCUGUAACCAUCACUGUGAAAGUGCUCGAUACUCCUAGUGCUCCAGUUAACAUUAAAGUGCAGGAAAUUACAAGAGAGUCCGUCACUCUCUCAUGGGACCCUCCUGCCUUAGAUGGAGGAGCUAAGAUAAAAAAUUAUAUUGUUGAAAAACGUGAAACUACAAGAAAAACAUUCUCAGCUGUUGUAACAAAUUGCCAUAAACUGUUCUGGAAAAUUGAACCACUUCAAGAGGGCUGUUGUUACUAUUUUAGAGUCCUUGCAGAGAAUGAACAUGGUGUUGGAGUCCCUGCAGAUGUUACCGAUCCUCUGAAAAUAUCAGAAGUACCACAGUGCCCAGGAAAAUUAAGUGUUGUUGAUGUUACAAAAACAAGUGUCUCUCUUGCUUGGGAGAAACCACCGCAUGACGGUGGCAGCAGAAUUCUUCAGUACCUUGUAGAAAUGCAAGUGAAAGGAAAUGAAAAAUGGUCUGGCUGUGCAAAUGUAAAAACCUUAGAUGCUGUUAUUAAUAAUUUGAACACAGGUGAAGAGUACACUUUCAGAGUAAUUGCUAUUAAUGAAAAAGGAAAGAGUGACCCAAGAACACUUGCAGUCCCCGUACGAGCAAAGGAUCUGGUUAUUGAACCAGAUGUUAGGCCUGCAUUUAACAGUUAUAGUGUUCUUGUUGGAAAAGACCUGCAAGUUGAAAUUCCAAUUUCUGGGCGCCCUAAACCAAAGGUCACAUGGAUAAAGGAUGGUGCAUCACUUAAAUUUACAACAAGAGUAAACAUUUUAAAUACACCACAUAGUACAAUUCUUAGCAUCAAAGAAGCUGCCAGAGAGGAUGGUGGUAUGUACGGAAUAAACGUCUCAAAUGAUGUUGGGCAAAAAGAUGCAACAAUUGAAAUAAUCACGCUUGACAAACCAGGACCACCAUCUGGCCCUGUAAAAUUUUUUGAGGUCACAGUAUCAAGUGUUACAUUAUCAUGGGAACCUCCGAAAUACACUGGUGGGUGCUCAAUUUCAAACUACAUUGUACAAAAAAGAGACACUACUACCACAACCUGGGAAAAUGUUACAGUUUCUGUGGUAAGAACAACCCUUAAGGUCUCCAGACUCAAAACUGGGGCAGAGUACCAAUUCAGGAUCAUUGCUCAAAACAGAUAUGGCAAAAGCUAUGCUUUAGAUUCCGCAGCUGUUGUUGCUCAGUACCCAUACAGAGAACCAGGCCCACCUGGCACUCCAUUUGUGUCAACUUUAUCAAGAGAUCACAUGGUUGUUGAGUGGCAUGAACCUGUUUCAGAUGGUGGCAGCAGCAUUAUUGGAUAUCACCUUGAAAGAAAAGAGAGAAACAGUAUUCUUUGGACAAAGAUAAACAAGACCUUAAUUCAAGAAACUAAAUUCAAAACCAGUCCUUUGGAAGAGGGAAUUGAAUAUGAGUUUAGGGUCUAUGCUGAAAAUAUUGUUGGUAUUGGUCGGUGCAGCAAAAUCUCAGAGGGGUACGUGGCCCGUGAUCCAUGUGAUCCACCUGGCACUCCAGAAGCAAUUCAUCUUAGCAAGAAUUCAAUAACAAUCCAAUGGACAAAACCAGAAUAUGAUGGAGGAAGUGUGAUAACUGGUUACACUGUUGAGAAGCGUGAUCUGCCAGAGGGACGCUGGAUGAAAGCUAGUUUUACAAAUGUCAUUGAAACCCAAUUUACUAUUAGUGGGCUAACAGAGGGAGCUAAAUAUGACUUUAGAGUAAUUGCAAAAAAUGCAGUUGGCACCAUUAGUAAGCCAUCUUUCAACAGUGGACCUAUUGCAGCACUGGAUGAAGUAGAACUACCAAAGUUUUCAGUUGAUCCUGAAUAUACUCAGACCAUUAUUGUGAAUGCUGGAGAUACAUUCAAACUCAAUGCAGAUGUCUAUGGCAAACCAAUACCUACGAUGGAAUGGUUCAAGGGUGAUAAAAAACUUGAAAACACAAUUAGAUGCGAGAUCAAAAACACUUACACCAGGGCUAUGAUUGUGGUAAAGGAUGCACUGAGGCAUGAUGGUGGACACUAUACUCUUCAUCUCACCAACGUUGCUGGCUCACAAACUGUUGCAUUCCAAGUAAAAGUACUGGACAAACCAAGUCCCCCAGAAGGGCCUCUUAAUGUCACAAGUGUAUCUAGCGAUAAAUGUACCCUGUUCUGGCGUCCUUCUGAAGAUGAUGGAGGAAGCCCAAUCACUCAUUAUAUUAUUGAAAGACGUGAAACAAGCCGCCUUGCUUGGACUAUUGUGUCUGGUGUUUGUAAAGCCACAGUGUUUAAAGUGACAAACCUUCUUGAAGGCAAUGAAUAUAUCUUCCGUGUCAUGGCUAUCAACACUUAUGGUGUAAGUGAGCCAAUUAAUAGUACACCUGUAAUUAUGAAGAAUCCGUUUGUUGUCCCUGGAUCACCGCAAAUUUUGGAGGUGACUAACAUUGCUAGAGAUUCUAUGACUGUAUGCUGGAAUGCACCAGAGAAUGAUGGUGGAAGUGAAAUUAUUGGCUAUAUCAUUGAAAAGAAAGAUCGCUCUGGAAUUAAGUGGACGCGAUGCAACAGACAAAAAGUUACAGAUGUAUGUUUCAGAGUGCAAGGCCUCAUAGAGGAUCAUGAGUAUGAGUUUAGAGUGUCUGCUGAAAAUACAGCUGGAAUUGGUGAACCUAGCUUGCCUACAUCAUACUACAAAGCUUGUGAUCCUAAAUAUAAACCCGGCCCUCCAACAUAUCCUCAUGUAAUUGACACCACAAAAAGCUCCAUUUUAGUAGCAUGGGGAAAGCCUCUUAAUGAUGGUGGAAGUGCUAUCCAAGGAUACAUUGUUGAGAUAUGCAAAGCUGAGGAGGAUGAAUGGACUAUGUGUACGCCACCAACUGGCCUACGUGUUAAUAAAUUUGAAAUAACCAAACUAACAGAAAAACAGGAGUAUAAGGUUCAAGUAUGUGCUAUAAAUAAAUUAGGUGUGGGUGAGCCUGCGGCUAUUCCUGAGCCAGUGAAACCAGAGGACAGACUUGACGUUCCAGAAAUUCACCUUGAUUCAGAGUUGAGAAAAGGUAUAGUUAUUCGGGCUGGAGGAUCAUUUAGGAUUAAUGUGCCUUUUAAAGGACGACCAACACCAGAAAUUAAGUGGACAAAAGAUGAAGGGGAUUUAUUAGAGAAGGCCAUAAUUGAGAAGAGUUUAAAUUUUACACAGCUUUCAGUUGAUUCAUGUGACAGAAGAGAUUCUGGAAAAUAUACAGUGUCCCUUAAGAACAACAGUGGCACUGCAUGUGAAUUUGUGUCUGUAAAGGUAUUGGAUACACCAGGAGCUCCACUUAAUUUAGUUGUAAAAGAUAUUAAAAAAGACUCUGUUGUACUUGUUUGGGAUCCACCACUUAUUGACGGAGGUGCAAAAAUAAAAAACUAUGUUGUUGAUAAGCGUGAAUCUACAAGAAAAGCAUACGCUAAUGUCACAACAAAGUGUAGCAGAACGAGUUUUAAGGUGGAAAACCUGGCCGAGGGAGCUUUAUACUACUUUAGAGUUAUGGCUGAAAAUGAAUAUGGAAUUGGUCUGCCAGUUGAAACCAAGACUCCAUCAAAGGCCUCUGAAGUUCCUUUACCAGUAGGAAAGAUCAUGUUGACUGAUGUUUCCAAAGUAAGUGCAUCCCUGGCGUGGGAGAAACCAGACCAUGAUGGUGGAAGCAAAAUAGUAGGCUACUUGAUUGAAAUGCAACCUAAGGGAACAGAAAAGUGGGGUGUAGCCACAUCUGUCAAAACAUGUGAAGGCACUGUCACUGGGCUGACAGCUGGUCAAGAGUAUUUGUUCCGGGUUCUUGCUUAUAAUGAGACAGGAAAGAGUGAGCCAAAGCUUCUUGCUGCCCCUGUCGUUGCCAAUGACUUAACCAUUGAACCAAGCCUUAAGGUACAGUUUAGCACAUACACUGUAAAAUCUGGUGAUGAUCUUAAACUGGAAAUACCAGUAUUGGGACGUCCCAAGCCAAAGGUUACUUGGUUAAAGAAUGGACAAGCUCUUAAUGUAACAUCGAGAAUUAGUACUUCAAACACACCAACUUCAGCCAUUUUACAGAUUACUAAAGCCAAUAAAGAAGACUUUGGAAAGUAUACAAUUAGUGCAAUGAACAGCGCUGGAACUAUUGCAGAAGAAAUUGGAAUCAUUGUCCUCGAUAAGCCUGGCCCACCAACUGGCCCUAUUAAAGUGAAUGAAGUAAGCAAUAGCUUUGUGACAAUCUCAUGGGAACCUCCAUCUUACACAGGAGGCUGCCAGGUAAAGCACUACAUUGUUGAAAAGCGAGACACAACCACCACAACAUGGGAAGUUGUAGCUGGAGCUGUUGCAAGAACCUCUCUUAAAAUAACAAGGUUAAAAACUGGUGCAGAGUACCAGUUUAGAGUCUUUGCUGAAAACAGAUAUGGUAAGAGUUCCUCUUUGGAGUCUAAAGCAAUUGUGGUUCAGUAUCCAUACAAACCUCCUGGGCCACCUGGAACACCUUAUGUAAAAUCUGCCACCAAGGAUCAAAUGAUAAUUGAAUGGAAUGAGCCUGUUAUUGAUGGUGGAAGCUCAGUAAUUGGCUACCACCUGGAAAGCAAAGAACGAAGUAGUAUCUUGUGGACAAAGCUGAACAAAACUCUCAUUACUGACACGAUGUUUAAGAUAAGUAAUCUUGAGGAAGGAGCUGGUUAUGAAUUUAGAGUAUAUGCUGAGAACAUUGUUGGGAUUGGCAGAGUGAGCAAGGUUUCAGACAGCUUUGUUGCUCGUGAUCCAUGUGAUCCACCUGGUACUCCAGAGGCUAUUUCUAUUUCAAAGACCCAUGUGGUAAUUCAAUGGACAAAACCCCAAUAUGAUGGCGGCAGCAAAGUGACAGGAUACAUUGUUGAAAAGAGAGAUUUGCCUCAAGGCCACUGGAUGAGAGUCAACUUUACAAAUGUGAUUGAGACUGAAUUCACAAUCACUGGCUUAACAGCAGACCAACAGUAUGAAUUUAGAGUAAUCGCAAGAAAUGCUGCUGGUACUUUCAGUGAGCCAUCUGAAAGCACCGGUCCAAUUACAACAACAGAUGCAAUAGAACCUCCAAGCGUUUCAAUGGAUCCUAAGUACCAGGAUGUCAUUGUUAUCAGUGCUAGGGAGAAUUUAGUUCUUGAAGCAGACAUUCAUGGAAAACCCAUUCCUGAUGUUCAAUGGCUAAAAGAAGGAAAGGAAAUGAAUAAGACACUACGUAUUGAAACAAAAACUACACAGAAAUGUGCCAGUAUUACUGUGAAAGACUGCACACGAUUAGACAGUGGCCAUUAUGACCUUGUUCUGAGAAACAGUGGUGGCAUAAAAACGAUUCCUAUUACUGUAAGGGUUCUUGAUAGGCCGGGCCCUCCAACUGGACCACUAAAUGUAACUGGUAUAAUGUCUGAUAGAUGUGAUCUGACUUGGACUGAGCCUUCUCAGGAUGGCGGUGCUAAUAUUUCUCACUAUAUUCUUGAAAAAAGAGAGACCAGCAGGCUAUCAUGGACUCUGGUUGAUUCAAAUAUUAAGACUACAAGUUACAAGGUGACAAAGCUCCUGACAGGUGAUGAAUAUAUUUUCCGAGUAAUGGCUGCAAAUAAAUAUGGAAUUGGUGACCCACUGGAGUCUGAGGCAAUCAUUGCACGCAACCCAUACAAGCCACCAAGUGCACCAUCAACACCAGAAGCAAGUGAGAUCACAAAAGAUUCAAUGCUCAUAUCAUGGAAUGCCCCAGAGAGUAAUGGAGGAACUGAAAUUAUUGGUUAUCAUCUGGAGAAACGUGACAAAGAUGGUGUAAGAUGGACCAAAUGCAACAGACAGAAGCUUUCUGACUUGCACUUCAAAGUAACUGGUCUUUCAGAGGGUCAUUUCUAUGAAUUCCGUGUGGCUGCUGAGAAUGCUGCUGGUGUAGGAGCUCUAAGUGACUUAUCAAUGUUCUGUAGGGCAAUUAAUGCAGCAACUCCUCCCGGUCCACCACAUCAUCCUAAAGUAACAGACCAUACAACGUCCUCUGUCUCCCUGGCUUGGGGUAAACCAGCUACAGAUGGUGGAGCAUUUAUUAAAGGCUAUAUUGUUGAGAUGAAAGAGGCAUCUGCAGACGAAUGGACAAUAUGUACACCUCCAGCUGGUAUACAGGCAACAUGCAUAACAGUGGAAAACCUUAAAGAAAAUGCUGAGCAUAUUUUCCGGGUGUGUGCCAUUAAUUCAGAAGGAGUUGGAGAACCUGCUGAAGUUCAUGGUUCUGUGACUACUAUUGAAAGAAUUGAGACUCCAGAGCUUGAACUUGAUGUAAAUCUUAGAAAAGUUGUCUCUGUUCGUGCAGGUGGUUCACUUCGUCUGUUUAUUAAAAUUCGAGGCAGACCUGAUCCAUCUGUCAAAUGGGAGAAGGAAGAGGGGGCAUUAACUGACAGAGCCCUGAUCGAAACUACUAGUUCAUACACCAUGCUUGUAAUUGACAAUGUCAAUAGAUUUGAUAGUGGAAAAUAUGUUCUAACACUUGAGAAUAAGAGUGGCACAAAGUCAGCAUUUGUAAAUGUAAGGGUGCUUGACUCUCCAAGUGCGCCACAGAAUUUUGAUGUUAAAGAAAUUAAGAAAGACUCAGUGACUCUCUACUGGGAACCUCCUCUUACUGAUGGGGGUGCUAAAAUAACCAAUUACAUUGUGGAAAAGCGAGAAUCUACAAGGAAAGCUUACACCACCGUCACAAGCAACUGCAUUCAAAAUUUCUUUAAGAUAGAAGAUCUUCAAGAAGGAGGAAUAUUUUACUUCAGAGUUAGUGCUGUUAACGAAUAUGGCUUUGGUCUGAUGGCAGAAACAAAAAAUCCGGUCAAAGUUGCUCAGGUUCCUAUGCCCCCAGGAAAGGUGAGCCUUGUGGAUGUUACCAAAAACAGUGUGACUCUUACUUGGAUGAAACCUGCACAUGAUGGUGGUAGUAAAGUACUUUGUUACAAUGUAGAGAUGCAGACAAAAGGUACAGACAAAUGGGUUAUGUGCUGUACAGUGAAAGUUCCAGAAGCUACUGUGUCUAACCUGUCACCGGGUGAAACAUACUCUUUCAGAGUAAUUGCACUUAAUGAGAAAGGCAAGAGUGAACCCCAAGAACUUGGUGUGCCUGUCCGUGCUAAAGACAUAGAAAUAGAGCCCUCAAUUAAUCUGCUGUUUAACACUUACAGUGUUAAGGCUGGAGAUAAUCUUACUGUUGAGGUUCCCAUAAGAGGCAGACCUAAGCCAGUGGUUUCAUGGAAAAAGGAUGAGCUACCUCUUAAGCAAACAACUUCUCUCUCAAUAGAAAACACCAUGAUAUCAAGCAAAAUUGUGAUUAAAGAAGCUUCUAUUGAGCAUGUGGGAAAAUAUGAAAUCACCUUAGCUAAUACGGCUGGCACCAUUUCCACAGAUAUUAAUGUUGUGGUUCUUGAUAAGCCAGGACCACCAGCUGCAGUACGCAUUGAUGCUGUAACUUCUGAAUCCAUAACCCUAUCAUGGUCUCCCCCUGAAUAUGAUGGAGGAUGUUCCAUUAAUAACUAUAUUGUUGAGAAGAGGGACACCAACACAACAGUUUGGGAAAUUGUUUCAUCAAACAUUGCCAGAAAUUCAAUCAAGGUAUCUCGACUGACUCAUGGUUCUGAAUACCAAUUCCGUAUAUAUGCAGUGAACCGAUAUGGAAAGAGUAAGCCAAUUGACUCUCCUGGAAUUACAGCAGAAUAUACAUUCAAGCAACCCGGACCACCUGCUACUCCCCGUGUGGCUCAUGCUACCAAGGCAUUCAUGCUGGUGACAUGGAAUGAACCAGUUAAUGAUGGAGGUAGCACAGUUCUUGGAUAUCAUUUGGAACGCAAAGAGAGAAGCAGUAUUCUAUGGACUAAGGUAAAUAGGGUUCUUAUCAAAGAUACUGAAUUUAAAGUAACUGGCCUUGAAGAAGGUAUGUUCUAUGAGUACCGAGUAUAUGCUGAAAACAUUGCUGGUAUUGGAAAAGUCAGCAAAGUCAGUGAACUUAUAGCUGCUAGAGAUCCAUGUGAUCCUCCUGGUCAACCAGUGGUUACAAGCAUUACCAAAUCUUCUGUCUCUCUCUCCUGGACAAAGCCUGAAUAUGAUGGAGGGGCAAAAGUUACAGGUUAUGUCAUCGAACGUAAAGAUCUCCCAGAUGGCCGUUGGAUGAGAUGCAACUUUACUAAUGUUCCUGAAACAUACUUUGAUGUUACCGGUCUUACUCAAGAUCAGCAAUAUGAUUUCCGUGUAACUGCAAAGAAUGCUGCUGGACUGUUUAGUGAGCCAUCAUAUAACACCGGUCCUAUCACAGUCAAAGACAAUGUAGAUCCACCACGAAUUAUAAUGGAUGUCAAGUUUAGAGAUGUUGUUGUAGUAAAAGCAGGAGAGACCCUAAAGAUCAGUGCUGACACUGCUGGACGCCCACUACCAGUGGCAUUGUGGUCAAAGGAUGGAAAAGAGAUUCAGUUCAGUACAAGAAUUCAAAUAUCUGGAACAGAUACUAGCACUAUGGUAGUAGUAAAAGAUUGCAAAAAGAGUGACUCUGGAAAGUAUACCCUAACAUUACAGAAUGUUGCUGGUACAGUAUCAAUGCCAGUCAAAUGUGUGAUACUUGAUAAACCUGGACCUGCAGCAGGACCUUUGUCAGUAACUGAGCUCACUGCAGAGAGCUGCACAUUGUCAUGGGGACCACCACAAGAAACUGGUGGUACAGAAAUCACACAUUAUGUUGUUGAAAAAAGAGAAACCAGCAGUUUGGCAUGGACAGUUGUACAUGGAGAGGUGAAAACUGUAACAUACAAGGUGACAAAGCUCCUCAAAGGCAAUGAAUACAUAUUUAGAGUUUUGGCUGUAAAUAAAUUUGGACUUGGUGAACCUCUUCAAAGUGAGCAUGUCAAAGUCACUGACCCAUUCACCUUUGCAGCAGCACCAACAAAUGUUGAAAUAGUGAAUGUGUCUAGUGAGGAGAUGACUAUAACAUGGGCUAAGCCUGCUUCUGAUGGAGGCAGUGAAAUAUGUGGCUAUGUAAUUGAACGACGUGAAAAAUCAAGCCUUCGAUGGGUCAGAGUCAACAGAGAGCUUGUAAAAGACGAAAAAGCUGUAGUGUCCAAACUAAGAAAAGGAAGUGAAUAUGAAUUUAGAGUAUUCGCUGAGAAUGCUGCAGGUUUAAGUCCUCCUAGUGAGCCAUCUGCUCCAGCUGUGGCAAAGGAUGCUUUACUUGUUCCAUCUCCACCAUCCAAACCAAAGGUUAUUGAUUACACGAAGAGUUCGAUUACAAUUUCAUGGAACAAGCCAUUGUCAGAUGGUGGAACACCAAUCCUUGGAUACAGAGUGGAAUACAAGAAAGCAGAGGAGGAGGAAUGGGCUGUUGCCAUUCAGAUGACCAAGAGCACUGAGUAUACUGUUUCUGGUCUUACAGCUGAUCUAGAAUAUGUAUUUGCAGUUAAAUCAAUAAACAAAAUAGGCCUAAGUGAGCAAUCUCCAAUUUCUGAACCACAGUCAGCAACAGAUAGAAAGGAGGAACCAGUAUUCGAUGUUGAUAUUGAGAUGAGAAAAAUGCUAAUUGUGAGACAUGGCAAUUCAUUCACAAUGACAGCACCAUUUAAAGGAGUACCAGUGCCUUCGGUCACAUGGAAUAAAGAAGGCAUUGACCUCAAAUCAAGAGCUACAAUUGAAACAACAGAAAAACACACAUCCCUAACUAUUGAAAAGGCAACAAGAAAUGACUCAGGACAAUACACUGUUACAUUGGAUAAUGGUCUUGGAACUGCAACUUUGCCAAUUGUUGUCAAAGUUCUUGAUUCCCCAGGACCACCAGUUAAUGUAAAGGUAAAAGAUGUGACAAAAGAUUCUGCCACAGUGACCUGGGAAGUCCCAGAGAAUGAUGGGGGUGAUGCUGUGAAAGCCUACCAUGUUGAAAAACGUGAAGCUACCAAAAAGGCCUGGGUGUGCGUAACAAAUAAUUGUCACAAUCUAGUCUAUAAGGUAGAGGACUUGCAGGAGGGUGGAGUCUACUACUUUAGAAUCCUUGGAGAAAAUGAAUUCGGCAUGGGUGUACCUGCUGAAACAAAAGAGGCAACUAAAAUAACAGAAAUACCAAGCCCACCUGCCAGACUUGGAGUAGCUAAAGUUACAAAAGACAGUGUAACAAUAGUAUGGUCAAGGCCAGACUUCGAUGGAGGAAGCAAAAUUACAAGCUACCUUAUCGAUGCUCUGGAGAAGGGACAGCAAAAGUGGGUGAAGUGUGCCACUGUAAAAACCAAUACCCACACAAUCAAAGGUUUGCGAGAAAAUGCAGAGUAUUUCUUCAGAGUUCGUGCAGAAAAUCAUGCAGGACUCAGUGAUCCAAAGGAAAUGAUGAUUCCUGUGAUUGUAAAAGAUCAACUUAAUGCCCCUGAAUUUGAUAUGAAGAACUUUCCACACAACACUGUUUAUGUGAGAGCAGGAUCAAAUUUGAAGUUUGAGCUUCCUCUGGCUGGCAAACCCUUGCCAAAGGUGGCAAUGACAAGAAACAAUGUUCCAGUGAGAUGUGGAAAGAGAUUUAGUUUUGAAGUAACACCUGAGAGUCUUAAUAUCAGCCUCAAAGAAAGUAUUGCAAGUGAUGCUGGAAGAUAUGACAUUGUUGCGUCCAAUACCAGUGGAACAACCAAGAUCUUCAUUAAUAUACUUGUGUUAGAUAGACCAGGUCCUCCAGUUGGUCCAGUGAUUAUCAGUGAUGUUGGAGAAACGUCAUUGUGCCUAAAAUGGUUACCACCUCUGUAUAAAGGCGGUAGCCCUGUGACCAACUACGUUGUGCUCAAACGUGAAACAAGCACACCAGCUUGGGUAGAGGUGUCAUCUACAGUUGCCAGGAAUGCAGUCAAAGUCACCAAAUUAACAAAGGGUGAAGAAUACCAAUUUAGAAUUAAAGCAGAAAAUCGCUUGGGUAUCAGUGAUCACCUUGACUCUCAGACUAUCAUGGUGAAACUUCCAUACACAAUCCCUGGGCCACCAUCAACACCAUGGAUAAGCUUUGUUUCAAGAGAAAGCCUUACAGUUUGCUGGCAUGAACCUGUAGUAGAUGGAGGAAACCCAGUAUUUGGAUACCAUGUCCAAAUGAAAGAAAGAAGCAGCAUUCUGUGGCAAAAAGUAAACAAGACAGCAAUCUCCGCUAAUCAAAUCAGAGUGACAAAAAUAUGCCCAGGUAUGAUUUAUGAAUUCAAGGUUGCUGCAGAGAAUGCUGCUGGCAUUGGUAAAUUCAGCAAGACAUCAGAGGAAGUACUUGCCAUUGAUGCCUGUGAUCCUCCAGCAAAUGUAAGAAUCUCUGAGAUAACAAAGAACUCAGUUAGCCUUGUCUGGCAGAAGCCUCCAUUUGAUGGCGGAUGUAAGAUCACUGGUUACAUUGUUGAAAGAAGAGAGGCUCCAAAUGGCAGAUGGACAAAGGCUAACUUUACCAAUGUUAUUGAGACAAACUUUACUGUGUCAGGCUUGACACAAAACCAGGCAUAUGAAUUUAGAAUCUUUGCCAAAAACGCAGUUGGGUCUAUAAGCAAUCCAUCUCUUAUUGCAGGACCAGUAACUUGUGUAGACAUUUCUGGUGCCCCAGUAAUCGACCUGCCUCCUGAGUACCUAGAUGUUGUGCAAUUUAAAGCUGGAGCUUCUAUUAAGAUAAGACUGGGAAUUAUGGCUAAGCCACUGCCAACUAUUGAAUGGUUAAAGGAUGGAAAAGAUUUAGUAUCAAGUUCACAGCUAUCAAUUGAGAACACAACUGACUCAUCUGCCAUACUUAUUAAAGAUGCAACUCGUCUUAACACUGGGACAUACGAAAUAAAGACCAAGAAUUUGUUUGGCACAGCCUCUGCCUCCAUUAGAAUUUUGAUUCUAGAUAAACCAGGCCCUCCAGCUGGAAAUAUUGAAUUCAAAUCAGUAACCGCUGAAACCAUAACAAUUGCUUGGGAGCCAGUAGCAGAAGACGGAGGUUCCAAUGUCACUCAUUAUAUUGUGGAAAAACGUGAGACAAGUAGAGCCGUGUGGACUACUGUCUCUGACUGUAUGGUUGAACGUAUAGUCUCUGCCCAGAAGUUGGUCAGAGGAGGUGAAUAUGUCUUCCGUGUCAGAGGUGUCAACAAAUUUGGAGCUGGAGAUUCUCUGGAGUCUGAACCAAUUACUGCCAAAAAUGCAUUUGUUACUCCUGGACAACCUACCACACCAGAGGCAACAGAAAUCACUAAAACAUCCAUGAAAAUUGUAUGGGAUAAACCAGGUUUAGAUGGUGGUAGCAUGGUUACAGGCUACUAUUUACAGAGACGUGACAAGAAGAAUCUGCGCUGGAUUAAAAUCUACAAGGACGCCAUAAGUGACACCUCAGCAAAGGUCCAUCACCUGACUGAAGGAAAUGAAUAUCAGUAUCGUGUGUGUGCAAUCAACAAAGCUGGAGAAGGUCCAUUCUCAGACUGUUCUGACUUUUACAAAGCAGCUGACCCUGUUGAAACACCUUCUGCGCCUACAAAGCUCAAAGUUGUUGAUUCAACUAAAACUUCAAUUACUCUUGGUUGGUCCAGGCCAGAGUAUGAUGGUGGCAGUGAAGUUACCAGCUACGCUGUGGAAAAAAGAGUUGGUGAAGAGGGACAAUGGACAGUAAUAAGUAAAAAAGGCGAAGUCAGAACUACUGAGUUUGUUGCUUCAGAUCUUAUGCCAGAUGUUGACUACUACUUCCGUGUAUCUGCUAUAAACUGUGCUGGUCAUGGAGACCCAAUAGAGAUGGAGGAACCAGUCCAGGCUAAAGAUAUUCUUGAGGAAGCUGAUGUUGACAAAGAUGUUGCCAUAAGAACUCAUUACAUUGUCAAAGCUGGCAAAGAUGUUGAGAUCAUGGUUCCUCUAAAAGGCAGACCUGCUCCUAGUGUUUCUUGGAAGAAAGAAGACCAAAACAUUGAUGAUAACCCGAAAUAUGAUAUACACAACACAGAUACUUCAUCUUGCCUUGUACUUCCACAUGUAACAUGCAAUGAAAGUGGCAAAUACACUAUUGAGAUAUCAAAUGGAGUAGGACAACCAAAAUCAUUGACAAUUACUGUAAAAGUACAAGACACUCCUUCUGCCUGUAGAAAUCUAGUACUCAAAGAUGUCACUCGUGGCAAGGUGAUCUUAUGCUGGGAGCCUCCUCUUCUUGAUGGCGGUGCUGAAAUUACUAACUAUAUAGUUGAGAAAAGAGAUUCGUCAAAGCGCACAUAUGCUGCCGUUACCAACAAAUGCAUGGAAACAACAUAUGAAAUUGACGAGCUCUCUGAGAAAAUAUCAUACUUUUUCCGUGUAUCAGCAGAAAAUGAGAAUGGUGUUGGUGAGCCGUGUGAGACAGCAGAACCAGCUAGUGCCACUGAGAAACCUGGUCCUGUCAAAGAUAUUGCUAUGAAAGAUUCUUCGAAAACAUCAGUGACAUUACAGUGGAACAAACCAGAUUAUGACGGUGGUAGCAUUAUUACUGACUACAUAAUAGAAAAGAAACUUCAAGGUCAAGAAGAAUGGGCUCCUGCUGGAACAAACAAGCACUGUGAGCAUGAGGUCACAAAACUUAAGGAACUCACAGACAUGUUCUUCAGAGUCUGUUCAAAGAACGAGAAGGGCAACAGUGACUUUACAGAGAUCGGUCCAAUUAAAGUAAAAGAUUAUAUUAUUCCACCAGAGGCAAACCUUGAAGAGUAUCCUGAUGGACAGGUCAAGGUUCGCAUUGGCCACAACGUACAUAUUGAGCUUCCAUACAGAGGGAAGCCAAGGCCAUUAAUUACUUGGCUAAAGGACAAUUUGCCACUGAAAGAGGGUGACAAGAUUCGCUUCAAAAAGACAGAAAACAAAGCAACACUUAUGAUAAAAAAUGUUGAAAAAGAGAACGGUGGUAAAUAUACACUUACACUGGACAACACCUUCUGCAGAAAAUCAUUCCAUAUACAUGUCAUUACCCUUGGAACACCAUCCAGACCCAUUGGACCAAUCCGUUUGGAUGAAGUCAGAGCAGAAAGUAUAAUGAUAUCUUGGGAUGAACCAAAUGAUGAUGGCGGUGGAGAAAUCACCUGCUAUACUGUUGAAAAACGUGACACAUCUCAGACAGAUUGGAAAAUGGCAUGUUCAAGUGUUAUCGGAACUACGUUAAAUGUCACAAAUUUAAUUAAAGGAACUCAGUAUCAAUUCAGAGUAUGUGCAGUGAACAGGUAUGGUGUGAGUGAACCUCUGUUUUCACAAAAUGUCAUUGCUAAACAUGAGUUUAGACCUCCAGGUGCACCAGGGAUGCCAUUUGUCUAUAAUGUCACUAAUGAUGGAAUGACUAUUCAGUGGGAAGCACCUAUCUUUGAUGGUGGCUGCCCAAUACUUGGUUACCAUGUUGAAAAGAAAGAGACAAACAGUAUUAUGUGGCAAAAGGUCAACCCAAUCUUGGUGACCGCAAAGGAAUACAGAAUUAUUGGCCUUAUCGAAGGUCUGCAAUACCAGUUCAGGGUCUAUGCUCAAAAUGAUGCUGGACACAGUCGUAUGAGUGAUGAGAGUAAACCAACAAUGGCUGUUUCUCCUGUUGAUCCUCCUGGAACUCCUGACUAUGUUGAUGUAACAAGUGAAUCUGUGAAACUGAAAUGGGAUGCACCCAAAAGAGAUGGUGGAAGCAAAAUUGUCGCCUAUAACAUUGAGAAACGCCAGGACCAGGGCCGCUGGUUAAAGACGAACUUCACAGAUGUAACUGAAACAGAGUUUAUAGUAACUGGUCUAGCUUGUGGUGAACGAUACGAAUUUAGAGUUAUAGCACGGAAUGCCAUUGGCACCAUCAGUCCACCUUCUCAAUCUUCUGGCUAUGUUCUCACAAGAGAUGAAAGCUCUGCUCCAAAUAUUGAAUUUGGACAGGAGUACUUUGAAGGGGUUGCCAUCAAAGCAGGGGAAAACAUCAAGCUUAAAGUCACAAUUACUGGCAGACCAACACCCAAGGUCACAUGGUUUAGAAAUGAUAUUGAACUAACUAAAAAGAUGGUAGAUAUCACAACAACUACCGGUAUGAGCACCCUCUUUAUAAGAGAUGCUGACCGCUCUCACCGUGGGGUCUAUACUAUAGAAGCCAAGAACCACAGUGGAACCAAGAAAGAGCAAAUUAAAGUUGAAGUUUUUGAUACACCUGGAGAGCCUGUUGGACCAAUUGUCUUUACAAACAUCUCCGAGGGCAAAGUCACCUUUUCAUGGAAUCCACCAGAAAAUGAUGGGUGCUCUGAGGUCACUCAUUACGUCAUUGAAAAACGAGAUACCUCCAAAAUUUCCUGGACAUUAGUUACAGAUCAUUGUGAGGAGUGUACUUACAAUGCUGCCAGAUUAAUCAAGACUAAUGAGUACCAGUUCCGUGUGUCUGCUGUAAACAAGUUUGGGGCCAGCAGACCACUGGAGUCUGUUCCUGUCAUCGCCCAAAUGCAAUAUACUAUUCCAGACUCUCCUGGUACUCCAGAUGCCACUAUGGUCGAUGGAGAAAGCAUUACAAUCAGCUGGACUGCACCAACAAAUGAUGGAGGAAAUGCAAUUAAAUAUUACAUCAUUGAAAGACGCGAGAAGAAGACUGGGCGCUGGGUGAAGAUUUUGACUAGGAAACCAAUUACUGAGGCUGCCCACAGAGUAACUCAUCUUACUGAGAAUGUGGAAUAUGAAUUCCGUGUUUAUGCUGUUAAUGAUGCUGGAGUUGGAACACCAAGUAAUAUUUCAAUGCCUAUUAAAUGUGCAGAGCCAACUGAAGUACCAGAUGGUCCUUCAAUCAUAAAUGUUACUGAUACCACUAAUUCAUCAGUCAGUCUGGAAUGGACAAGACCUGGUUAUGAUGGUGGCAUGGAGGUCCAGGGAUACAUCAUCGAGGUGUGCAAGGCAGUUGAAACAGAAUGGCGUAGAGUCAAUGAAGAUCUUUGCACUGUCACAAAGUACACUGCCACUGGUUUGGAAACAGGUGCAGAGUACAAAUUCCGAAUUAAAGCAGUCAAUGCAGUUGGAAAGGGUGAACCUAAAGAGAUUGCUGAGCCAGUGCAAGCAGUAGAUAGACUGUCUGCCCCAGAGAUUUAUAUUGAUGCAAGUUUCCAACAAACCCACAUUGUGAAAAGUGGUGCCAGUGUAUGCCUCCGGGUAGCUUUCAAAGGAAAACCAGCACCUACAGCCUCAUGGAUAAAAGUGGAAGGUGAACUUGGGGUAAUGGCUGAUGUAACUACCACAGAGACCCUCACUUACUUGACACUGGGAAACUGCUCAAGAAAUGACAGUGGAAAAUACACUCUCACUCUUGAGAACAGUAGUGGUAGCAAAUCCAUCACUUUUACAGUUAAAGUGCUGGACACACCUGGAGCACCAGGUGCUCUCAUGUUUAAAGAUGUAACAAGAGGUGCCCUUACACUUAUGUGGGAGCCCCCAGCCAAUGAUGGUGGUGCACGUGUUCAUCACUAUGUUCUGGAGAAACGUGAGGCUAGUCGGCGAACAUGGACAGAAGCAGCACCUAAGUGCACACAAACAAAUUUGAGAAUUUCUGAACUGCUGGAAGGAGUACCCUACUUCUUUAGGAUAAUGGCAGAAAAUCAGUAUGGCCUUGGUGAAGCUUAUGAAAUGCCUGAUCCAAUUGUUGCCACUGCUGAACCAGCUCCACCCAAGAGACUGGACAUUACUGAUACCACUGAUACAACAGUUACUCUUGCCUGGCUGAAGCCUGAACAUGAUGGUGGCAGCCGUAUCACAGCUUAUUGUGUGGAGGUUAAAGAAAAGGGAAUGGAUAAAUGGGUUGUUGGAGGCUCUACCAAAAACUUAAGUAUUGUUGUUGAAGGCUUAACUGAAGGUAAAGAGUAUGAAUUCCGUGUCAAAGCUAAGAAUGAUGCAGGACACAGUGUACCUAGAGAGGCUCUGUCUUCUAUUGUUGUUAAAGAGCCUCGUAUUGAGCCAACUGCAGAUCUCAGUGGCAUUACCAACCAGCUUAUCACCUGCAAGUCUGGUGGUUCAUUUGAAAUUGAUGUUCCAAUUAGUGGCAGACCAGCACCAAAUGUUAUUUGGAAGCUUGAAGAGAUGAGACUAAAGGAAACUGACAGGGUCUCAAUCAAAACUACCAAAAAUAGAACCACUCUAACAGUUAAAGAAAGUAUGCGAGGUGAUGGAGGAAGGUACUUCCUUACCCUUGAGAAUGUGACUGGAGCUAAGACUUUCAUCAUCACUGUCAUUGUCAUUGGCAGACCCAGUCCUCCAGAGGGGCCGAUUGAGAUUUCUUCAAUUACAGCUGAUUCCUGUAAAUUGUCAUGGAAUGAACCUGAGGAUGAUGGUGGAACUGAAAUAACAAACUAUAUUGUUGAGAAGCGCGAGUCUGGCUCAACUGCCUGGCAGCUUAUCAAUUCUAGUGUAAAACGAAGAUCAUUGCAUGUUUCACAUCUAACAAAGUAUAUGCAGUACACAUUCCGUGUCUCUGCUGAAAACAGAUUUGGUGUAAGCAAACCAACUGAGUCUGAAACCAUUGUUGCAGAGCAUCCAUUUGUUCCACCAGGACCUCCAACUAGACCAGAAGUCAUUUCUGUUAGUGCUAACAGCAUGAGCAUUCGUUGGGAGGAACCAUACCAUGAUGGUGGAAGUAAGGUCAAUGGGUACUGGAUUGAGAAAAAGGAACGCAACACUAUUCUCUGGGUCAGAGAAAACACCAUCCCCUGUUUUGAUUGCUACUACAAGGUGGACAGCCUCAUUGAAGGUCUUGAAUACCAGUUUAGAGUGUAUGCUAUGAAUAGUGCUGGUCUCAGCAAAGCAAGUGAGGCUUCAAAGAGAGCUGUGGCUCAAAAUCCAGUUGAUCCCCCAGGCAAACCAGAAGUAACUGAUGUGUCAAGAUCAACAGUGUCAAUUAAAUGGUCCGUGCCUCUGAAUGAUGGUGGAAGCCCAAUUGUAGGUUACAUUGUUGAGCGUAAGCCAUAUACCGUCUCAGGAGAGGGUAAAUGGCUCAAGUGUAAUUACACUAAUGUUACGGACACCAACUUUACCAUCACGGCACUGGAAGAAGGGGAAGAAUAUGAGUUCCGUGUGAUUGCAAAGAAUGCCAAUGGAGUAUUCAGCAUGGCAUCAGUUUCAACAGGAGCGGUGACUUGCAAAGCUGAAUACACACCUCCAAAAGCAGAACUGGAUAGCAAACUUCUUGUGGACACAGUUACUGUCAGAGCAGGAUCAGACCUGGUUCUUGAUGCUUCUGUCGGAGGCAAGCCUGAUCCAAAAGUCUCGUGGGCCAAGGGAAAGAAGGAGCUAGAAAUUUGUGAAAAAUAUUCUUUACAGUAUUCUAGCACCCGUGCUCUGGCAAUUAUUAAGUUCUGUGACAGAGAUGACACUGGAAAGUAUGUUCUCACAGUCAAGAAUGCCAGUGGAACCAAAACAGCUGAAGUCAAUGUAAAGGUGCUUGAUACUCCGGGCCCAUGUCAGGAGGUAAAAGUAAGCAAUGUAACAGAGGAGAAAUGCACAGUGUCCUGGAAAAAGCCACUAGAGGAUGGUGGUGAUUCCAUCACACACUACAUUGUGGAAAGAAGGGACACUAACCGACUUAACUGGGUCAUCGUGGAUGCUGAAUGCAAGGCCCUUGUAUGUGACAUCAAAACACUUUUCAAGAAUCAUGAAUAUAUUUUCCGUGUCAGAGGUGUAAACAAGUAUGGAGCUGGUGUGGCACUUCAGUCUUCACCCAUCUUUGCCAGAAACUCAUUCACUGUUCCAUCACCCCCCGGAGCACCAGAUAUUAUUGCAGUCGGAAAAGACUUUGCAACAAUUGAAUGGCUGAAACCUGAAAAUGAUGGUGGCAGUGAAAUCAUAAAUUACCUAAUUGAGAGGAAAGAGAGAAAGAGCAUUCGGUGGAUUAAGGUUAAUAAAGACUCCAUACUCAAGGACACAACCUUUAAGGUUACUGGUCUACUAGAGGGCAACAUCUAUCAGUUCCGUGUUUCAGCUAUUAAUGCUGCUGGAGAUAGUGAACCUAGUGAAAUGUCCAUGUAUGCAGUGUGCAGAAUACCAACAGAAAAACCAGAUGCUCCUUCCAUUCCACGUGUCACAGACACUCACAAGGAUAGCAUAAGUCUGGCCUGGACAAGACCUGUACAAGAUGGAGGUGCCGAUGUUAUUGGAUACAUUCUUGAAAUGCAAGAAGUAGGCACAGAGGAAUGGAUCAAGACCCAUGAAAAGAAUCUUAGAGUGACAGAACAUACUGUGACUUGUUUGACAACUGGCAAAAAGUACCGCUUCAGAGUAGCUGCAGUCAAUGUCCAUGGAGCAGGUGACUUUAGCGACCCAUGUACUGAAGUAGAGCCCAUUGAAAGAAUUGAAAUACCUGAUCUUGAGCUUCCUGAUGAACUAAAGAAAACAAUAUGCCUGAGAGCCGGAAGCUCACUGCGUCUUCAUAUAACUGUUACUGGAAGACCGGUUCCAGCUACCACUUGGAGCAAGCCUGAUGUGAAUCUCCAAAACCGUGGAUUUAUUGAAGUGACAGAUACUGCCACAACUCUUAUCAUUGACAAGGUGCACCGCUACGAUGCUGGAAAAUAUACCAUUGAAGCCUCUAAUUCCGCUGGCAAGAAGGAAGCAAGCAUUCUUGUAAAGAUCUAUGAUACGCCUGGUCCACCUGGCCCCAUUAAAAUAAAGGAACUCACAACAGACUCUGCUCACAUUACAUGGGAUGCCCCUGAGGUUGAUGGUGGAGCACCUGUUAACAAUUACAUUAUUGAAAGAAGAGAAACAUCAACGAGAGCCUACAAAACAGUCACUUCUAAAUGCAGCAAGACAUCAUAUAAAAUUACAGGACUGUUAGAGGGAAUGCUCUACUACUUCAGAGUGUUACCAGAAAACAUCUAUGGCAUAGGUGAACCUAGUGAGACACCAGAUGCUGUGUUAGUCUGUGAAGUGCCACUGCCUCCAGCUAAACUUGACAUUGUAGAUAUCACAAAGUCAUCUGUUACUCUUGGAUGGGAGAAACCUCAAUAUGAUGGAGGCAGCAGAAUCAUUGGCUACAUUGUUGAAGCUUGCAAGGCUGGUACAGAGAAAUGGAUGAAGGUUGCUUCUUUAAAAUUAACAGACUUCGAAUACACUAUGGAAAAACUUAAUGAAAAUGAGCAGUACCUGUUCAGGGUACGUGCUCUCAACAGCAGAGGUGUUGGUGAACCCAAAGAAACUGUUACCCCUGUAACAGUACAAGAACAAAGAGUUCUGCCAAAGGUUGAUCUAUCAAGCCUUCCACAAAGGAUGAUCAGUGUUCUGGCAGGGAAACCCCUUGAACUUGAUUUGCCAAUAAUUGGAAGGCCACCACCAGUUUGCUCCUGGUACUUUAAUGACAAUAAGAUGAAGAUAAAGGAACGCGUCAAGAUUGUGUCGACAGCUAAAUUCUCCAAGUUAACGGUUCUUGACACCACAAUUGAUGAUACUGGAGAAUACACGCUUGAACUAAAAAAUAUUACAGGAAUUACUACAGAGAACAUUAAAGUCAUCAUUCUUGACAAACCUGAUCAGCCUAAAGGACCUAUUCGUUUCGAUGAGGUAGAUGCCACCUCAAUUACAAUAAGCUGGGACCCACCAGAGAGAGAUGGAGGUGCUCCUGUAACCAAUUAUGUUGUUGAACAACGUGAUGCUCAUCGCCCAGGAUGGGUACCCGUUUCUGCAUCAGUCAGCAGGCCAACCUUUAAAUUCAACAGGUUGACAGAGGGAGACGAAUAUGUCUUCCGUGUUUCAGCAGUCAAUCGCUAUGGUGCUGGAGAGUUCUUGCAGUCAGAAGUUGUGGAAUGCAGGAGUUCUAAAUCCAUUUCAGGACCUCCUGGCCGGCCAGUAGUAUUUGAUAUUUCUCGGGAUGGCAUGACCGUAGCAUGGGAACCACCCGAUGAGGAUGGCGGUCUGGAGAUAACAGGCUACAUCAUUGAACGCAAGGAGGUCAGAGCUGACAGAUGGGUCCGUGCUAACAAGAACCCUGUGACAAUGACAAGAUAUAGAUCUACUGGGCUUAUUGAGGGCCUGGAAUAUGAGCACAGAGUCACAGCCAUUAAUGCUAGAGGUGUUGGCAAACCCAGUCUUCUCUCGAAACCAGCUGUGGCAACUGAUCCAGUUGAUCCACCUGGGCCACCUCAGAACCCAAGAGUCACAGAAACUACAAAGACAUCUGUGUCCUUGGCCUGGCAUCCACCUGAUGAGGAGGGUGGCUCUAAAGUAACUGGUUAUCUAAUUGAGAUGCAGAAGGUUGGUUCUGUAGCCUGGAUUAAGUGCAAUACCACACCUACAAUGAUUUGUGAAUACACCCUGACAAAAAUGCCUCAAGGUGAGGAGUUUAAAUUUAGAGUCAUGGCCUGCAAUGCUGGUGGACCAGGCGAACCUGCUGAAGUACCAAGAGCAGUCAGUGUGACAGAGAUGCUUGAACCUCCAAGUCAUGAUCUUGAAGCUAAGUACAAAGAUAUAUUGUUUGUCCGAAAUGGAGCAGUUAUUAAACUUUCAGUUCCAAUCAAAGGUAAGCCAACACCUGUUUGCAAAUGGACAAAGGAUGGAUCUGAGGUUUCCACUGGUGCAAUGAUUGCCUCCAGUGAAGAUAUUACUGAGCUUGUUAUCAAGGACGCUAAACGGUCUGACUCUGGUGUAUAUAGUCUUCACCUUGAAAACAAAUGUGGCAAAAAGACAGUACAAAUCAAAGUCAAGGUUAUUGGCCGCCCAGCAGCUCCUGAAGGUCCCCUUGGAUUUGAGGAUAUCCAAGCUCAUUCUGUCAGAGUGAGCUGGAAGCCACCAAAAGAUGAUGGUGGCACAGAAAUCCUUGGUUAUAUUGUUGAGCGACGUGAGGUUACAAAGGCAGCCUGGUAUACUGUGGACUCUAGAGUGGUUGACACAUCCGUGGUGGUGAAAGGACUGCAUGAAAAUGUUGAGUACCACUUUAAAGUGACAGCAGAGAAUAAGUUUGGCAUCAGCAACUCCCUUAAAUCUGAACAACCUGUUGUACCAAAGACUCCAAUUUGCGUGCCAGAAGCUUCAAGUACACCGCCAGAGAUCAUGGAUGUUACUAAGUCCUCUGCUGAUUUGGCUUGGAUCAAACCUAAAGAUGAUGGUGGAUCAAAGAUCAUUGGGUACUUUAUUGAGUAUAAAGAGGUGUCAUCAGACAAAUGGGUUCGCCAUGAAACAAGGGUUACUUCCACCAUGUACACACUUAGCGGACUUACUACUGAUGCAGAAUAUCAGUUCCGGGUGAUUGCUGUAAAUGAUAUUGGAGAGAGUGAACCUGGACCUGCAUCAGAUUCUGUCAUAUGCAAAGAUCCAUUUGACAAACCAAGUCAACCAGGGGAGAUAGACACUUCAGCUGUAACAAAAGAUUACAUAACAAUUCGAUGGGAAGCUCCUCAAUGUGAUGGUGGAAAGCCAGUCCUUGGUUAUUGGGUUGAGUGUAGAAAAUCAGGGGAGAGCACUUGGAAAAAAUGUAACAGGGAGCUAUUAAAGGAAAAACAGUUUACUCAGGGUGAUUUGCAAGAGGCCACUGAGUAUGAAUUUAGAGUGUUUGCUGAAAAUGAAACUGGAAUCAGCAGGCCUCGUAGGACUGCCGCAGGAAUUAAAACCAAACUUGGCGUUGCAGAUAAACCAGCCCUCAGAAAAGAGAUGGAUGAAGUUACUGCUAAACUUGGACAGACUGCAACUCUAAAAUGUCAAAUUAUUGGAAGACCUAUUCCAGAAAUUAAAUGGUACAAAGGUGGUAAGGAAAUCAAAGAGGGACGCAAAUAUGCUGCAACCUCUGAUGGCCGUAACCAUACAUUAACCAUUUCAACCGACCAGCAAGAGGAUGAAGGCUUGUACACAUGCAAGGCUGUAAAUGAAGCAGGGGAAUGUGAGACCAGUGGAACCUUGGUUCUGGAGGCAGCACCUCAAUUCCCUGUGCAAUUAAAAGACAAAAUCUUUGCCGGAUGUGGUACUACUGUACGUAUUCAUGCUGUGUAUAUAGGCCGCCCAGAACCCAAAAUUAUGUGGCUACAUGGGGCCAAACCUGUGGAGACCUCUGAGAAUGUCAGCAUUGAGAACACAGAGCAUUACACUCAUUUAAUUUUGAAGAAUGUCCAACGUAGGGUGAAUGGUGGAAAGUACAGGAUCAGGAUCAACAAUCACUUUGGCUCUGCAGAUACUGUAACUCAACUUGAAAUCCUAGACAAACCUGAUAAACCAGAAGGGCCUAUUAUUCUUGAGGCUUUAUUAAAGAAUUCUGUAAUAAUUAGUUGGAAAGCUUCAAAAGAUGAUGGUGGAUCAAUAAUAACAAACUAUAUUGUGGAAAAGCGUGAAGACAAAGAAAGUGCCGAGUGGAAACUUGUCUCGUCAUCCAUUACAGGCACCUCAUGCCGCAUUCCCAAUCUUGUGGAAAAUGAAGGUUACUUCUUCCGCAUUUCAGCACAAAACCGCUAUGGUAUCAGUGAACCACUGGAUACUCCAUCUGCUAUUCUUAUCAAGAGUCAAUUAGAUAAGCCAGGUGCGCCACUUAAACCUGUUAUAUCUGGAGUGACCAAGACCUCCUGUGUUGUUUCUUGGAAACCACCUCUUAGUGAUGGUGGCUCCAAGAUCAAAAACUACACUCUUGAAAAGAAAGACAAAAAGAAAGGUGAAUGGGUUGCUAUAACCACUGAUGAGAUUCAUCAAACUGUUUAUUCAGUAAAAGGGCUUACAGAAGGCCUGGAGUACGUUUUCCGUGUUAAAUGUGAAAAUAUUGGUGGAGAGAGUGAAUACAGUGAAGAGUCAGACUCUGUUGUUCCAAAAACUGAUGUUGAUGUACAAGCUCCUGCCUUUAAAGAGGACCUCAGAAAUAUGAGUGUGAAAUACAAGAGCAAUGCAAUAUUUGUCUGCAAGAUAGCUGGACAACCCAAACCUGUGAUUAAAUGGUUCAAGCGUGGCAAAGAAAUUCAGGCAGAUGGAACCAAAAUAAAGAUCCAGGAAUUCAAGGGAGGUUAUCAUCAACUUGUCAUUGCUAAUGCUGAUGAGGAAGAUUCCACUGUUUAUCAGAUUAGAGCAACAAACCAGGGAGGCUCAAUUUCUGCAACUGUUUCCCUUGAUGUUGAAAUACCAGCGAGGAUUCAUUUACCUAAAAAUUUACAAGAUAAAGAGGCCAUCUGUGCUCUUCGUGGUGAAGUGGUGAACAUCAAGAUUCCAUUCAGUGGUAAACCAGAUCCAGUUAUCACAUGGCAGAAGGGACAAGAUCUUAUUGACAACAAUGGGCAAUAUCAAGUCAUUGUCACAAGAUCAUUCACAUCUCUUGUGUUCGUAAAUGGAGUAGAUCAGAAGGAUGCUGGUUUCUACGUUGUCUGUGCAAAGAACAGAUUUGGCAUUGACCAACAAACAGUUGAACUCGAUGUUGCAGAUGUGCCUGAUCCACCUCGUAGCAUCAAAGCCAGUGAUGUGUCCAGAGAUUCCGUUACCCUUAAUUGGGUGGCACCCGCUAAUGAUGGAGGAAGUCGGGUUAGAAAUUACAUCAUUGAGAAAUGUGCCACUACAGCGGAGAGAUGGAUCCGUGUUGCCCAGUCACGGGACACUCGUUAUACUGUCACCAACUUGUUUGGAAAAACAAGCUACCAAUUCCGUAUAAUAGCAGAAAACAAAUUUGGCCAGAGUGCACCAUCUGAACCAAGUGGACCUGUUGUGACAAAGGAAGAUAAAUCAAGAGUUCUUAACUAUGAUGAGGAAGUUGAUGAGGAGAGAGCUGUAAUUAAGGGUAAAGCUGCUCAUUCAGAGGUUAAGAAUGUACACAACAGAUAUAUGAUUGCUGAAGAGCUUGGCCGUGGCCAAUUUGGCAUUGUUCAUCGCUGUGUUGAGAUUAGUUCUGAGAAGACAUUCUUUGCCAAAUUUGUCAAAGUAAAAGGGGCAGAUCAAGCAAUAAUCAAGAAAGAAAUUGCAACUCUAAAUGUGGCACGCCAUAAAAGCUUCCUGCAACUUCACGAAUCAUUCGACAGUCCAGAAGAACUAGUUAUGAUAUAUGAAUUUAUAUCUGGUGUUGACAUAUUUGAGCGCAUUAGCACAGCUAACUUUGAGCUCAAUGAACGUGUAAUUGUUAAUUACAUCAGGCAGGUAUGUGAAGCUCUUGAGUUUCUACACAGCAAAAGUUAUGGCCAUUUUGAUAUCAGGCCUGAGAAUAUAAUUUACACCACAAGAAGAGGAACUGCCAUCAAGAUCAUUGAACUGGGACAAUCUAGACACCUCACUCCUGGAGAACAAAUCAAAAUUCAGUACACAGCAGCUGAAUAUUCAGCGCCUGAAAUUCAUCAAAAUGAGUUGGUCAGCACUGUCACAGACAUGUGGUCUGUUGGUGUUCUAGUAUAUGUUCUUCUCAGUGGACUCAAUCCUUUCAUUGCUGAAACUAAUCAACAAAUGAUUGACAACAUCUCCAAUGCAGAGUACAGUUUUGAAGAUGAGUCCUUUAAAUUGGCAAGUGUUGAGGCAUUAGACUUUAUUGAUCGCCUUCUCACUAAAGACCGUAAACACCGUAUGACAGCUGCUGAAGCUUUAAAUCAUCCAUGGCUAACAAUGAACACAGAGGAGCUCAGUAGUAGAUCAAUCAAGGUCACAAGACACAAAAGAUAUUACCAAGCUAUGCUAAGAAAAGAAUGGAACACUGUUGUCUCAUCUGCUCGUAUUGCUAGUGGUGGUGGUAUCAGAAGUCAGAGAGGUGUAACAGUUGCCAAAGCAAAGAUCGCACCAUUUGAACAUGGUCCAGUUGCUGGGCUAAUUAAACACAGUGUUGCUGACGAAGGUGACGACGUCAAGUUUAUUUGCAACGUUGACAAUUAUGAUAGCAGCACCGAGGUUACAUGGUACUGUGGAGUUCGACAACUAGAGGAAAGUGCCAAAUGUGAAAUAACCUAUGAAGAAGGGCUUGCUACAAUAACUAUCAAGGGUAUUAAAAGAUCAGAUGAUGGAACAUACCGAUGCAAAGUUGUCAAUGAAUACGGCGAAGACAGUGCAUAUGCUGAGCUCUUUGUUAAAGGUGUCCGAGAAUACCGUAGCUUCUUUACCUCACGCGUGGUAAGGAAAGUCAAACGCAGAAUAGACACAGCCCGUCUACUUCAAAGACCUCCAGAAUUCACCCUCCCACUUUGCAAUCGCACUGCCUACCUUGGUGAAAAUGUUCGCUUUGGUGUCACAAUCACAGUACACCCUGAGCCACGUGUUACAUGGCUGAAAUCUGGCCAGAAGAUUACCCCAGGGGAUGAUGACAAGAAAUAUACCUUUAUAAGUGACAAAGGUCUGUAUCAGUUAAUUAUUCACAACCUUGACUCUGAUGAUGAUGCUGAAUAUUCUGUGGUGGCACGCAAUAGGUAUGGCGAUGAUAGUUGUAAGGCUCGUCUCACAGUGGUUCCUCGUCCUGCACCUGCUGAUAAUACACUGAGACCCAUGUUCAAGCGCCUACUGGCAAACUUAGAGUGCAGAGAGGGCCAGAGUGUGCGCUUUGAGAUAAGAGUGUCAGGGACACCAUCACUGAAAUGGGAAAAAGAUGGCACACCUUUAGCGUUUGGUCCACAGAUUGAAGUCGUUCAUGAGGGUUUGGACUACUUUGUCCUGCACAUAAGAGACACUCUUCCAGAAGAUUCUGGUACAUAUAGACUAACUGCCACUAAUUCUGCUGGUUCUGCUAGUUGCCAAGCAACACUUAGGGUUGAACGUGUGACACAUGUCAAGAAGGAAUAUGAGAGUGAGGCAGAUAGGAGGAAAAAGCAAUCUUUAGAACAACAGCAGAUUGACAAGAAAGUACGAUUAACACAGAUUCUGUCUGGUGCCGAUGUCAUGGCACUUACUUCUGUAGCACAACAAGCUUUGAGAGAAGCUGCAACUAUGUUCAAGCCAGCAAUAACCACCAAAAGAGUAAAGACUGAAGCUGAGGAAGCAAAAGAAAAAGAAGAAAGAAGAAAACGAGCUGAGGAAAAAAGAUUAAGAAUGCCAUAUGAUGUUCCUGCACCUCGUUCUUAUGGUCCAACUGCUCUUGAGGAAGACAUGGAGAUCAAGCACUUUAAACCAUUAUCUGACAUGAAGUGGUAUAAGAAAUUACGAGAUCAAUAUGAAUUCCCUGAGCCAAUGGAAAAGAUUCCUCAGAAAAGACUUAAGCGUAUUCGACUGUCUAGGUGGGAACAAUUUUACGAAGUGCCCAUGCCAAGGAUUAAAGACCAUUACAAGCCCAAAUGGCGCAUACCAUCUGUUACACAAGAUGACUUAGAAACUGUGAGGCCAGCAAGACAACGAACACCCUCUCCAGAAAUGGAAGCUUACUACAGAAUAAGAAGGCGCUCACUUGGUGAUCUUUCUGAUGAGGAACUGCUUCUUCCUGUUAAUGAAUAUCUGUCAAUGAAGAGUACUGAGGAGGAAAGACUUAAACUUGAAGAAGAACUUAGGUUAGGCUACUCUGCUUCACCACCUAGUCUAAGUCCUGUGCGCUUCGAACUCUCUGCUUUGCGUCCCUCAUCGCCAAAGAGGACUGCAUAUGAUGAAGAGGAAGAAGGAGAGGCAGUUCCCACAUAUGACACCUAUCACAUCCCCUCAAAGUACGAAGCUGGCCCGAGUUACAUUGAUCUACGUCAGAGACAUGAUAAAGUAACAUAUAGACCACCUAAGCAGAAGCAAAGGAUGUAUGAAGAAAAGGAGGACCAUGAGCUCCUUAGACCUGUCACCACCACUACAAGGUUAACUUCUUACAAAAGUCAGCUAAAACACAUGGAAUUUGAGGAAAAAACAAGAAUCACAAGAAAAGAGAAAACUAAAAUUUCAGUUCCUGCAGUGAUUGAGGGAGACACAUUUGACACAUAUGAUGUACCAGUGAAGUCAUUUUCGGCUGGUUAUAGUAAGUGGACACACGCCAAGGCUGAAAUGCCUACAGUGGAUGAGGUCAAAAAAGAAAGCACCAGAACACCAAGCCCAGAAAAGAAACAUCCACUCACAGUUGUAUCAUGCGAGACAGCACUGUCUACACAGGAUCUGUCUGUAAAGGUCGACUACAUGCAACGUUAUGAAGCAAUGAAGAAAGCUCUGAAAACUGAAACAAAGUUUGAAACAGUUUCCCAGCAGCCAUUUAGUCUUGACCAUUCACCAAGGGUGACUGUAAGAAUGCGCUCUCAUCGUGUAGCAGUUGGCCAAAAUACAAAAUUCACAUUAAAUGUUCAAUCUAAGCCAGAGGCACAAAUUCAGUGGUACCAUAAUGGCCAGCCCAUUCAAGAAAGCAACAAGUAUCGCAUGUAUAAUAUGAGUGGGGUUCUUUCUCUACAAGUCAUUGACUGCCAAGAAGAAGACAGCGGCACAUACCGUGUCACCUGCACUAAUACAAAGGGAGAAGCCUCAGACUAUGCCACACUAGAUGUUUCUGGAGGUGGAUUUUCUGCAUACGGUUCACAGCGUAAAGAUGAAGAGCCUCCAACUCCUUUUAUACCUGAAAUGAUAAGAACAGAUGUUUAUCAUGUGUCAUCAUCAAAAGCAUCAUCCACCACUGAAACACAGGUUUUAAAAGCAGUAACUGAAUUCAAAACAUCAGAUAUCAAAGCAGAAGAAACUAAAACCAUUGUUCAUGAAGAGUAUGCAUCAUCUGAGAUCAAGCUUGAUACCACAAAAAUUGUAACAGUGGAAGAAACUAAAGUUGAGACAAAGAAACUUACUGUCUCUGCUACAAUCCUGACUAAGCCACAGUCACUCACUGUUUCUGUUGGAGAGUCAGCCAAAUUUACGUGUGAUGUGAAUGGUGAACCAGCACCCAGUAUAACUUGGUUAAGGAAGGGACAAGCUAUUGUAACAUCUCACCGUCAUCAUGUAACAUCAACAGAAUAUAAAUCUACAUUUGAGAUUUCACAAGUUGAAAUUUCAGAUGAAGGAAACUACACAGUGGUUGUGGAGAACUCUGAAGGUAAACAAGAAGCAGAAUUCACCCUGACUGUUCGCAAACCAACACCUGUGCAGAAGGUUGUUGCUUCUCCUCCAAGAGUGAAGUCUCCAGAGUCUCCUCGUUUGAAGUCACCAACAGGAAUCAAAUCUCCACCAAGAAUCAAGUCACCUGAACCAAUUAGAUCACCACAAAGAGUCAAGUCACCACUUAUAUCAAAGUCCCCGGUCUCAAAAGAGAAAACAACCAAGCCUAGCUUUUCAGCAGGACUGAAUGAUAUUUCUGCUUUGUCAGAUACAAUUAUCAAGUUGACAGUAAAAGUUACGGGUGUGCCUAAACCGGUGAUCACCUGGAAGAAAGAUGGGAAGAGUGUGUCACAAGGUGGAAAAUAUGAAAUAUUUGAGGAGCACAAUUCUGCACAUCUUGAAAUCUAUGAUGCUGAUGUUUCUGAUAGAGGCGUUUAUGAAUGCACUGCAGAAAACACUGAGGGAUCAGUUACUACAAGAUGUAUUGUUACUGUUACAGAAUCAGCUGGGUGGGCUGUAGAAACAAAGGCUGAACAAACAGAAGAACUUGUGCAAAAGGAAAUCAUUCACGAGGAGGUCCAGUCCCUUUCCGAAAUUAAAGCUAUGCAAUCACAAAUAACAAUGACAGAGGGUCAGUCUGUCACACUGAAAGCAAAUAUCCCUGGGGCUUCUGAUAUUAAAUGGAUUCUAAAUGGAGUAGAAUUAAUCAAUUCAGACCAAUAUAGGUAUGGUGUUUCUGGAAAUUACCACACUUUGACCAUUAAAAAUGUAAGCUCCCGUGACAGAGGAAUCGUCACAUGUGAGGCAAGAACCGAAGUAGGGGUGGUCAAGUGCCAGUUUGGCACAACAGUCAGUGAAAAAAUUUCCAAUGCACCAAGCUUCCUAGUGCAACCUCGCUCUCAGAACAUUAAUGAAGGACAGGAAGUCAUCUUCUCCUGUGAAAUAAUAGGUCAUCCUACCCCUGAAAUCGAAUGGCUCAAGGACAAUGAAGUAUUAACUGUUGCAUCAAAUAUGAGACUGAGCCGCUCAAAGAACGUGUACAAACUGGAGAUUCAGAACACCACUGUUAAGGACAGUGGCAAAUACACAGUGAAGGCCAAGAACCAAUUUGGACAGUGUUCCGCGACAGCAUCUCUCAAUGUUCUUUCUCUGGUUGAAGAACCUGUCAAAAUGGUAGUAUUGAAGAAAAGCUCAGAUGCUGCAAGCAUACAAAGUAUCAGCUCUGCCUUGCACAUGGCUUCAACAAUACAGGAAACAAAAAGCAUCAGCUCCAGCAUGGCUCAAAUGAAAUUUCAAAGCAUGUCAGCAAGUAGCAUGACCUCAAUGACAUCUGAAACAAUGGUAGCCAUGGGUUCAAGCAGCAUGAUGGAAAUGUCUAGUCAUGCACAAGUUGCAGGGUCCUCCCUCAGAUCCAUUUCUUUCCAGCGCAAAGGUAUACCACCAAAGAUUGAAGCUAUGCCUCAGGAUAUUAGCAUAGCGUCGGGAAAGGUUCUGACUGUGGCCUGUGCAUUUACUGGAGACCCCGUGCCAAAUGUUGAGUGGUCCCAUUUAGGAAGAAUACUGUCCCGUAAAGAGAGUGAAAGGCUGCAGAUUGAGACCACUGAGGACACUACCACACUCAUCAUAAGUGGCAUAAAAGAAAAAGAUGGUGGAGCAUACACCCUCAAACUUUCAAACGAGCUUGGCUCUGAUACUGCUACCAUCAAUGUCAGCAUUCGAUCUAUGUGAAAAAAAAAAUAUUAAUCCAGUCCAUACCCUGUUAUCCUUUCUUCAAUAUAUUUUAUUUAUUGAAUGAGUAUGAAAAAUACUGUUCUAGAUAAAGACCUGGAUCUCUGUUCUGUAAAUAUGAACUAUUUUUAUACCAAACUUGACAUUAAUUUAUGCCAAACCAAAGUCUAAAGUUGUUAUAAAAUGUGCCAUAUUGGGUAAUUAUGACUUUUUGAACCAUUUUUCUGUGACAUGUACAUAAUGUAUAUAGCCGAAUAUAACGGUUAUGAGAAAUGUAUGAAUUGUUAUUUAUGACAAUAAUAACUUAAACAAAAGGAACGAAAUGUUUAACAGGAGAAAGUUUCUCAUGGAACGAAUACCCUGUGAAACCUGAAACAAAAUUAUGUGCCUCAACAAUAUGUUGAAGUCUUAAGAUUGCCUCAACAGGUAGAGAGGCUCCCUGUUGAAGUUCUACUAAAACAAAGGGACAACGUUGUGCACUGUACAUCUGUGCAUAUAGUAUUUCAGUACGCAAAUGAAUUUAUAACUUGACCAUAAGACCUUGAAUGCUGUUUGUGUCUUACCCUCACAUAAGCAGCAUGACUAGGUCUUGUGUUCAGAACGACUAUAUCAUAUCACCAUUUUAAUGACAUGCUCAAAGUGCGAGCGGCCUGCACGUUGAGCUGAUGAUGAUAUGUGCUCAUGUUCUGCCAAAGGACUGUUUAAGUUUGAUCUCGUGGAAGCAACAUCACCUGGCCAAUAAUUCUUGAUUAAUUUAGACACUCCUUUGCAGAAUCUGUGCCACCUCUUGGAGGAAUGCUAGGUUAUAUUGUGUGUUUUUGUGUUAGUGUGUGUAUUAGCGUUAGAAUCUCACCUUGUCAGGGUAAAUCAACAAGCAGUGUACCACAGUAACUACAUCUGCUGUGCAAAGAAAACAUAGAACACAUAAAUGCAAUACCCUGUAAUUUGAUUCAAUAGCAAAUUAAUAUAUGUAGAAUUACCUAUAUAUUCUGCCUCCUUGAGUUUUAUGAAUUUUUGAUUUAAUAAAGCAUGAUUUCAGCACCAUAAA